AUCACGAUCGCAGAAUGUACCGGGACCUCCUCAGCAGUGGAGCCGCGUCGUGAUGACUGUCCGCGGGCAGAGCAGCAGCCUGGUGACGCUUGACAUCUCCUCGCUGUGAAUCUGGAGUCUUGGCACAAACACUCACACACAAAUACUCUCUCUCUCUCUCUCUCUCUCUCUCUCUCUCUCUCUCUCUCUCUCUCUCUCUCUCUCUCUCGCUCUCUUUCUCUCCCUCACUCUCUCACACAGUCAGAGGCUGCGCGCACUUUGCUCCGACACAUUCCUCCGAGGCUUCUCCUUCUUUCCGUCUGGGGAUUUGAAACUUGGGGGACUUUAAAGCGACACAGGAGGAGAACAAAGGGUCGGACGGAUAGUGUCGGUGUUGUGCAUGUAGCGGGCAGGCCGGGUGUCCGUCUGCAGGGCGCACAGCGGUGCUGCUGGACCAGCCGAGGACGCACCAAGUCCCGUCCCACAUCCGCGUUUUUCCUCCGGUGUCCCGCGCUUCAGUCAUGAUUCUCUUGGGGAUUGUGCUCUUUUUCUUCUUCUCAGGUACGUCUUCUAAUUUUUUUUUUUUUUUUUUUGUAUUUCAACUAUGAAAGAGAGAAAUCCAGACGCCUUAGUCUUUGUGCGGAUGCUCUUUGACGCACAGGUUGGAUGGCAGAGAAGGCUGGAGAGCGAAAAGUCACACUUCAUUUGCAGCCUCACAUUUUACUCACAGUAAAGGCAGACCCUCCUGCCUCUCUGUAAUCUGGCUCCUUCACUUACAGCUCCGCUUUUUGGCUCGUUUGGGCAAUUUCACGCUCUCGGGGCCACGAGGAUGUGAAAGAAGUGUCUGACUUUUUUUCUCAUUCCAACUUUUUCUGCAGAGUCAAAAUUGCUCCAUGUGGCCUGAUACUCACUUUGUUAAUCCUUCAAUAUGUUUUUAGUCUCUUUGGCUCUGGUUCUGUACUUUAUAAAUAACCUGUUCUUUAAGUAUUCAGAUGACAGCAGACUACGCCCUUCAGCACCAAAUCCUGACCUCAAACUUUCACAUUUUUGAUGAGCGAAGAAACCAGACUGAAGCUGACCUCUGAGAGACAAGGAUGUAGGAUUUUUCCAACUCACUUGUCAGAAAAUAUCCUAAUUUGUUUUAUUAAACACAAUUUUACACUUUGAAAUCUUCAACAGUGAGGUCUUGAAAUAUAAUUAACUUUAGAGCUAUAUUUGGCUCUGUUUACACUUCAAAGAGCUUUAAAAAGACAUAAAAAAGACAUUUUGAAGUUAGAAAGCGCAAAUAAAAACAGAUGCAGGAUCUUUUUAAAUAAAUCAAAAACCACAGAAACGUCUAUUUAACUUUGAACUGACAGUGUCAAUCACAUGUUAAGGAAACAAAAAGAAAUACAAGAAAAAAGGGGCUAAAACUGCAGUGUUUGGUGGUCAGUAGACGCUCCUCUGUCAGUUUUAGUGAUAACCAUGUUUGAGCAGAUCUCUGCAGCCUGACCUCUGCAAACUAUAAUCUGCUUUGUCAUUUUUUCAUGCUCGUAAGAGUGUUUUUGUCGAAAUUGUGAAUUAUCCUUGUCUGGUAAAGACGUGUUUAAAGAUUUUUUCCAUAUUGUGCAGACGGAUUUUUCACCAUUAAAAAUUUCCUAAAGGCAUCAUCAAUGCCUCAACUCAAUUUCUAGCGAACCCAACAUUUUUGUUGUUUUUUUGUUGAUUCAUUGUUUUCUGAAGAUGCAUUUCCACUCUGGCAGAGUUUACAGAUUCAUUUCAAAGAUCAUUUAUUCAUUCAUGUGUGAAAAUAAUACUCAAGACCUGCUUUAUUUGAGCUAAAUGAGACUGAAAACUCUCUCUAGAUUCCUUGGAAAUUACUGUGGUACACACUUUACUCAAAAAGUUCAUAAAAGCAGAAAAAAUGACUCUUCUUACACUUGCAGUGCUAAAAACUAUUGCUUUUGCAGCUUUAUGAUGAAGUCUUUAAGUGUAAUGAACUGUCUCUUUGCUGUGAGAGUGAUAUUUUCUAGAUUCUGGCCUGGUGUGGCUCAUUUCUCUGCGUUUGUCCUUGCGUUACGGGCUCAGGAUCUGUGUGUGGGAUUGUAAAACAGGCAGAAACCGAAAAGACAAAAGGUUUUUCAUUUACAGAGCUGUAAACACUCCUCAGAGAGUUCCUCUUAAAGUGUUAAUGGUGUUGUAGUAUCCUAAAACAUCCCUUUUGUUAUAUCAUUGGGCGGCGUGUGCACUGACAGGUGUGUGACAGAGAGCUGAAACAAAGAGAGAUUCAGACGGACAAUUUCUACAUUGAGAAAAAGGAGCUGGGUGGAGGUUGUGGUGAUUGCUCUGUAUUACAGACCUUUCAGACCGAGUGUACAGGUCAGUGUGGAGAGGAAGGUCCUAUGUAACAAAGAACUAUCUCACUUUAAAAAAGCGGAUAAUAUUUGUGUCUGUCUUUCUCCUCGUUUCACUCUGAGACUUUAAGUUUUUUCUCUCCUCAUACAUGAGGACACUCUUCAUUUUGGAUGCUUUAAUUGCUGAGCUCCAGCAACGUUGAACACACACACACACACACACACACACACACACACACACACACACACACACGCACACACACGCACGCACACACACACGCACACAGGCUGUAGUUUCAGGACUGCGCCUUAAGUUCAGUGCAGUUUAGAGGUUUGCAGCUUAAAACACACACUUUACAGUGACAUGAGGAACAAAGACAUGAUUAGAGGCAGCGGUGCUCAUUAUUCAAGAGUCAGAAAAGGUGCCAAUAAAAAUCAUUUAAAGAUGGGGGAUCAUGGUCUGCUAUAAAAGGACAUUUUGGACAUUUUUUAAUCAAAGUCUUGGUAAGGGAAGAAAAAGGGUGAAUUCAGGAGUUAUGGGAGUUGAGUGCACUGAUUGUACACGGAACAAAAAAGAGGAAUGUACACUUAUUUGUUUGCAUGAGAGAGCCUGCAUCUCCAUCCUGAGGGGAAAAGGGAGAAAUCCCUCCAGGAGUGGUCAGCGCUAAACCAUGUGACAGGGUUCCUAGAGCCCCUCUGCUUUGUUGUGACAGUUAUGGUUAGGGUCAGGAACAGACACUCAAAUUUGUUACGCCACACACUAAUCCACAUUCAGAAACACAAAAAUGUGUCACUUCUUGACCACUAGGUGGGGCUGUUGCUAACAACUCAGGUCCCAGAAUUGUGGUCCUGAAUACGCAGUCUGGGGGUCUGCAGACAGAUACUAUUCCGGGUGUCUUCUGAUGUUUAUAACCCCUGGAUCUCUGUAGUAUAAGAGUGUCUGCACUGAUGCACUGAUGCAGUGACAUGGUGGUGCUGGAGCUACGUUCUGCACAAACUUGCUUCAUCUUUUGCAGCCUUAAGUAGUUUCAUCCAUGCCAAGCUGACAAGUGAAAAUAUCUUACUCAUUAUCCUGUAGUUUGAGAUACAGAAAUAUCAGAUCAAGAAGUACUCAAACUCAUAACUGCGUCUUUCCCACUGCAAUUAGACUGCUUAAUUAAGUAAAUGUAAACCACACUAAAGAGACUGUUACUUCUAUUUUAAAUUAUGAGUAUUUAUCUUCUUUUAUUCCUACAUAUUUUUAGCUCAUUCAUUAAGUGCUGUCAUCUGUCAUCUGAAGUAUUUCAUAGUUUUAUUUACUGAAUUACUGAGUGGUGUGUGAAACACAGUCUGACUAAAAGUACAGAUUUUAGUUCACUGGAAUGUUAUUGACAAGAGUGUUUUACUCCCACUUGAAAAAAGUUCAAAAUGUUGUAAUUUUUUCUAAUAGUGAAGAUGAGCAAGUGUGGUGUUGCUCUUUUCAAAGCUGCAUGGGACAUAAACUUCGUCAAGCAACUUAGGGUGAGUUACCCAACACAUUUUCAAAAACUACAAAACUGAGUACAGAAACAUGAUGGUAGCAUUUCUUCAGUAUCUGUCAAUGUGUUUUGAACCUGGUACAUCUCCACUGAAGAGAGGAAUCCAGCUCUUUUGUUGGUUUUGGUUCUUGUGACAUCAGAAAGGUCACAUUUGGUUGUUUUGAAGCCACAGAGCUCAGUCUGUGUUUGGUGUUUAGGCCCCAAACUCGUCACUCCUCACUCUAGUUGAGGAGAAUCUGUCUGCAGGUGGAUGCUGCAGAAUAAGGGGUCUGGAUUGUGUUUGGUUUGGCAAAGCCGGAGCAGAGACAUGAGAUCUUUCAGCUUUCAUAAACUACUUAAUCAAUAGUUAACGAAUUAAUAAUAUAAACCUUUAUUGUUGUUUAGUCCUGAACAAUGUGGAAGUGGUGAUAGCAUGGUGUCUUCAGGUCGUAUGGCUGAUAUUACACGUUCAGCUACAUGGCAUGCACACAUCAUGAUAGUGAUGUUCAUACAAUCUAUCAUGCAGCCCUAAUCCGCACCAGUGACUCCAUUUUCCUCCGCGGUCAGCUUGUUGCAGCUGUGCUUUCUCUCCUCCUCCGCUGUAUGUAAUGUUCGGUCGCAUACUGCCACCUGCUGCCUUGGAGUGUGAAGGCAUGUUAGGAAGUCAGUCAAAGCAACUUUUAAGAGCUGUUUUUAUCGAUUGAAACUGUUUAAAAAGGAUAACAGAAUAUUUUAAAAUAUCUCCUCUCUCAGAUAUAUAUUGAGCAUUAUUGGUAGAAUUGUUUGUGGUUGAGGGACUUUAUUAGUAAUUCUAAAACUGCAGCACUAACAGGCUUGCAAUAGCUGUGGUGGUUUUUUAGGGGGGCUGUUUGUGGUUAAAUUGUGUAUGUCUUUGAUGUUACUGUGAAAAAUGAGAUUAAUAUCAUGUAUUUCACUUUUAAAGCUUAAGGUUAUGUGCAGCAUCUGUCUGUAAUUGGGCCUUUAAGAUGCAUAAAAUCAACAACAUAUACACCAGAGACAGAACAAACAAAGUCAAUGUUAACAUCACACAUCACUGAAACAUAAAGACAACACAAGAUGUAAGUAGUCAUACAGUUAAGCCCGAUUAUUAUGCAUGGCUGGGUUAUUUUCAGAGAUUCGUGAUAAUGACCUGAACCGAGGAAUCUGUCAAUCUGAAUGAGGAUUAAUUAGGUACAUUUUGUAAUUUCUCUUUGACUUUCUGAUGUUUCUCAGCAGGAGUCUCAACUCCCUGACACCUGAGGAGGUGCAUUAUGUCUGUAUUUAAAGACAGGUUCAACACGAGCACAUCUAUUGUGUGCGCAAUAUGUGGAUUAAUUUCAGAGUCCUUUUCUUGCUCUGCUUUUGGUUUAGUUUGCAUUUCUGCUUUUACAUCUCAGAGCGGAAGAAACUGGAAGCUGUUUACCCGUUGCUUAAGCUUUUUGUGUGCUUUUUAAAUCUAUUUUCACGCACUCUCUUUGGCUGCUGUUACAAGUGACCCAGGUUAGAGGAGGACUGAAGAGUGUCUCAUGCAGACACGCUAAAAGGAGGGCAGUUACACUCACAUCAUGCAGGAGCAGAGAUGUGAGAGGAGCUUCAAUGAAAAGGCUACACAUGCACACUGAGUCCAUGUCUUUCAAUGCAUAGUCAGUAAUCACAGAAGUUUCUGGUGCCUUAAGUCUCACAUGGUUUCUGAUCUGGUUGAUGUUUGGGUAAGUCAGAAAUUUCUCAUAUUGAGGCUUUUUGCUGAAAAAAAAAAAAAAAAAAAAUUACAGGCCCUGUGACUGCAGGUGUUUUGAUUAGAUACUACUUUAUUUAUCCUUUUGGGAAGGUUCCCUCAAGGAAAUUAAAAAUAUUAUUUUCAAAGUCAAAGUGCCUUUAUUUGUCUCCCAUGGGAGAAAUUUAUCUUGGAUAGAGGGGUCUGCUGCAGACAACCCACACAUUUCACCACAUACUCACACGACAAAAAAAAAAUAAUAAUAAUAAUUAAUUAAUUAAUAAAUACACAAGCAGUAGAUAAAAUACAAAGCAAUUACAUAAUCAAUAGAGAUGCAAAAGUUAAUAAAUAGAUAAUUAGAUUAAUUUUACUACCAUCUGAACUAAUGAGGGAGAAGAAUCACUCCAAACAGUUCAGAACUCAAUAUGAAAACGUACAAAAACAAUACACAUAUGUUGAUGAAAAUGGAGCAUUUUUGUCUCAAAACAUUUUAGUGUCAAAUAUUUGAGGAGUUUUUGUAAGGUGGUUGAAUGGUUGUGCUAAUUGCAGCGUGAGCAGAACCUGCAAAACCACCUGCUCCCUCUACAUUAUCCUGCUCAUUAGAGAUUGACCAAUACAAUGAAUCUUUUUUAAUUCAUAAUUAAAUGCUGAUUAAUGGCAUUUUGAACUAAAAGGCAUCAUUUUAGAAUCAACCCUCGCAAGGCUGAUAUCAUCGGAAACCUUUUUGUAUGAAAACAGUUUUGAGAGUCGGGACUGUGGCUGCUGGAGAACAGUCUUCAUGUGUUCGGUGUUCUGUGUACACCACAUUGUUGAAGACCACAAAACUGGGAAGUCUGUCUUCAAGUGUGCUUUCUGAUCGCUUCAAAAUCUGUUAAAAAUGUGAAAUUGGGGUGCCUGGCUUUAGGGAUGCUCUCACCAGCUCUGCUGCUGGUGCACGGAUUGCAGGACAGUAUGAUCCCAACUUUCCCUAAUUGGAGGUGGUGUGGGUCCAGUCACUCAUCAGGCUGCUCCCAUACAUCUUUGCUGCUGCUGCCUGAGAAGGAGACUAAUGUGCCACAAGGUCAACAGGCAGAGUGGAAAUGUACUUGAUUCCUUUAUGUGGGUUGAUUUAAUGACAGGUGUGUUCAGGUUUUGACCAGUCAGAAUUACUGAGCCCAGCUGGGUGACUGGUGAGAAAGCAGACAAAUAGUCAUAGGCAUAAUGUAUGUGUGUCCUCAGUCAGUGAAAGUAGCUCCUACGAUACUGCCAUCACUGUUCAAUGAAAUAAAUCUGCAGAGUUUCUGUUGUUGAUCUGUGCAGUCAGGUAAUGAUAGCUUACAGUUUUAGUUAAUGUAAAAAAAAACCUGACAAUGAAACCAAGGGUUUACGCUGUUGUAUACAACAUUAUGUUUUUGUGUUUACAAUACCAGUAAUAAAAUUAGAGCAGCAGGAUGGGGCACUUUACUGUAAAAUCCACCCACUUUGUGAGACCGACAGCUUUCUGGGGAUAAACUGCAUUUUUGCAACACUCAGGGGCUUUUCUAUGCCACAGAGAAAAUCCAUGUAUUUUUAAAUACUAUCCAAAUCCAGUCCCCCAUAAACAAGAGCAAUCUGUGAUGAUUUAUGUGUUAAUGGUUUAGAGAAAUUGUAUAUUCUAUGUUGAGAGCUGACAAUACUAAAACAGAGGCUGCCAUAUUUGUUUUGGUCUGUUGACCAAUCAGAGGCUGUCACUGCAAUUAGAUGACCUCUAAAGGUCCAGUUAGAUGCCCUGGCAGCCUGAAACAGGUGCCACAGGUGGCUUUCACAAUAGAUACACAAAGAUAGAAGUUCAAACUUUUUCUCCUGGUUCAGUUUAUUCUAGUAUUAAGAGAUCUGUGUGCUUUAUGCUCACUAAUUCAUGGAUGCCUCAUUUUUGAUCAUUUAUAAAAUUUAUCUUUGAUAAUAUCACUAUUGAAUUUUUUUUAAUUUAAUCAUAUUAAACCAUCAACUAGUCCCGUUUUAUUCAAUUCGUCUAUCUUAUUGUUAAAUAUUAUUAAAAUUGCUGUCAGGAUCAAAACAAGGUUCUGUCUUCAGAUAAUUUAGCUAAAAAAACAGACUUAAUAUGGAUGUUGAAAACUUAAGAAUUUCAAUAUGUUUCCAUUAGAUAGAUAAUAACAUGAAGAAAGUUCAAAAACAGUGAUUUGAAAGAACAUUUAUGUGAUUUUCAGUUGUAGAAAGAACACAAUCACCUCCUGUGUACCACAGCUGGAGCAAACAUCUGCACUAAGGUUAAAUAAGCAGACCCCCAUCACAGACCACCAUUUGUCGUAUUGGUUGUGUGGCAGUGUGCAUACCUGGAGAGAAAUACUAUAUUACAAAGUAGAUUAUUGAACAUCUAUCUGAUUUAUGAGUAAAACAAUGCUCCAGUAUUAACAUUUAAAAGCAUUACUGCUAAUGCAUUGUUAGAAUUUGCUUAUUCACUUUAAUAAUGGUAAAACUAAGUGGUGGUAGGUUUUUUUUUGUGAAAAACAAAGUUAUUUUAUAUUUUAAUUAUGUCAAAGAAAUGUGAACUUUUAAAAUUAAAUCACAAAUACAUGAUUGAAUAUUAAUUUCAUUGAUAAGUGAAAUAAUUCACACAUAUUCUAGAAAUUUUGAAGUAUUUCUCAUAAUUAAUUUUAAUUUAGCUUUUGAAUUUAAUUCUGAUAAUCAGUUGCUUCCACAGCCAUGAAGUUCCCAAUAAAAUAUAUUUAAAAGUAAUAUUUCAAAAAGAGGAAAAAGAUAUGACAUAUUGCUUUGAUUAUGAUAGAGAAGUAUCCUCUUGAGUCCUGGUUUAUUUUGAACAUACCUGACCUUACACCUGUUCUUAAUGACUAUUUUAACAUUGUGAUUUCAAGAAACAGAGAGGAACGAACCACUGUGUCAUACUUUACAGAGGAGGAUUUUCUCCAUUCCUACAGUUAUGCUUGUCUUCAAGAAAAAAAAAAAAAAAAAAAAAACAGGCUACAUGUAAAUAAAGAGGGGUGUAUUGUGGAUUUUAUUUGCAGGGUUUCCUUCAGUGUGACUGUAGUCAGACUGAGAAUUUGAAGGUGAAUUUUUAAGUCAAAGGAGUCCAGAUCAGGAGGUUUUGUUCCUGUUUUUUCAGACUUAUUGAAAUGAUCCGUGUUACUCCAUGCUAACAGCAGAAGUUCCUGUGGUGUUGGAUCCGUCUGAUCUGGAUUCAGACGUCCUCUCUGAGCUGCAGCAAGAUAAUGAAAUUCCCUCACUGAGGCUUUUAUAGGAUUCAGUCUGUGCUGCGGCGUGGCCCGCUCUGUUCAUUAGCCAUGUUAAUGAUUGUCCAGUGUGUAGUGACACUGUAAUGUUGAGUGACAGGCUGGUUUAUCUCCCCGUCUCUCUUCCUCAGGUUUACCUCCCCCUCCUCCCCCCCCCUCUCCUCCUCCAGGCUUUCAGGUCGUGUCUGAUUUUCUUUUUUUUCCAUCUCAAUCUAAAUUCCCUCUUGGAUUCAGCGGCGCGUCAGAAUAAAUUGUUCGAGUCGUUCAAUGAGGAAGUGCAGUCAACCGACACCAGUGUGCAAACACAUUUGGAGCGGCGGGGGUUGACGUCUUAUCGGGGUGCAGGCAGGUGUGAGUGUUUGUGUGUAUUUUUUGGGAUGGGAGGGUGCGUAACAGGACUCAUUUUACCCUGAAGCCACUAGUUGGGUUUUGAGGACCCAUACUGAUACUGAUACCCUGGGAGCGAAGCAGCCUAGAGGGAAUAUCAUAACACCUUAACAAACAGUCUCCCUCCUUUUCCAUUCUCCUUAGAAGCCUUUCUCAGUUUCACACUCAGAAUAAGAGGAUCCUUCAGAAACCGACUUUUUACUACAUAAGUAAGAGGAGGUCAGUCAUUUAAGCCUGAAAACUUAAGUCUGUGGUUGGAUGUAUGAGGCGUGGACACAGGCUUUAAGUGGAAGGGUUUUGUUCUGCAAAAGAGAAAGACUGUGUAUGCUCAGACAAUUGAACUGUAAAAAUCUGACCAGGACCACAAAAAGAUAGAAUCUGAAAUUGGUAAUGAAAUGUAAUAAACAUGAAUAUAUACAACAGAGGUGGAUCUUUAUGUAUCCCAAAUCAUUAAAGCCUAAAUUUAAUUGAAAAUAGUGCAAAGAGAGCAUUUAAAAUGUUGGAACUGAACAUAUUGGGAAGAGUAUGACGGCUCUGUGAGAUACUGUGUGAGCAAUUAGUUCAACAGUUUUAGAGUGAAAUGUCAAAGAAUGAGUGGAUUUGAUCUUCAUAGUAAUAUUAUUAAACAAUUCAGAGAAUCUGGAGAAAUCUCUGUACAAAAGGGCCAAGGACCAAAAGCAAGACUGGAUGGCCCUGAUCUUCAGGCCCUUAGUCAGCACUGCAUUAAAGGUGGGGUAGGCAGGAUCUGAGGAAGUGCCAGUAUUUGGGAGAAAUCUUGAAUGUAAACUCUACCCCUCCCAACCAGUUUUCCCCUCAGCUCCUCCUCUCUCCUCCCUUUCUGCUCCAGCAAGCCCCGCCCACAAACAGACGCUCCUUCUCGCUCGUGUCGUUUCAAUUAAAUUCAGAUAUAAUGCAGAUAAAUACUUCAGAUAACUACAAAUGGGGCCCAGUCAACGUGCAAGUAAAACACAUUGGUGCUGCUGUAGAUGCCAACAGACUAGCAGCAAACACAAUAUUUGCAGGACUUCUACAACUAGGAUAAAGUGACGUACUCCAGGACCCGAGGUGAACAGUUUAGCGGCACUACAACACGCAGCAGGUCCCGUUUGACAAGAAACACUUCUGUUACAGACACUUGCCUUACUUUGUUAAAACGAUUUACCUGUCCAGCAGAAAGGUUACAGGGUCCAUAAGAGCCUGAAGCAUCCCCAAAGCGUUUUUGCUUCAUUUUUAAGUGCCUGUUAUUCUGCCAGAGUCUCUGGUAUUUACUUCGUUUUCUUGUUUGUGUUGGGAGUAAUGGCCAAAGGAGGAUUCAGAAAAUGUUCUAUACUUUCUAGUUGCUUUCUACUGUCUGUUAUUGUAGCACGCUACAAUAUCUGACAGUAAGCAUGUGAACAACACAAGGGAGCAGCGUCUGCCUCACAACCAAUCAGGUUAGGGGAGGUGGAGAACGGCUUUGUUUACAGUCAGAAGGAGCAGGAUGCUCAAAAAAUUUUAAAUGUUGACUACACAGACAUAACAAAACACAGCGAUAUCCUGAUAUCCCCAAAUGUCAUCAAUAACUAAUGGCUAAUAACUGAUUUUUAAAGCUUUUUGUUUACACACCACAAAAAAGAUGCAUCUUUAACGGAAUCCUGCCUACCCCACCUUUAAAACAGAAAGGACUCUGGAGUGGAAUUUAUUGCAUGGGCUCAAAAUCACGCUCAAAGUGAUUGUGAACAUGGACUGGGGGGGAAGUUGUUCUGAAUUUGACAGUCAUGUUGGAGAUUAUGGAUGAAGCUUCCUUUGCUCUAAAGAAUAGAGGGACUAACAGUCUUGUCAUCAGCUCAAAGCCAGCAUCCCUGAUUGCAUGGGGAUCAUCAGAGUCCAUGUCAUGGGCAGUUUGAACAGUAUCUAAACAAUCUCUACAGGUUUAGGAGCAACAUCUGCUGCCAUAUAGACAAAGACUUCAUACUUCAGCGAGACAAUGACAUACCACAUUCUGCAGGGAUUACAACAGCGUGGCUCGGUAGUAGAGGAGUCCUGCUGAUAAACUGCCAGAUUUAAGAAGGGGACAUUUCACUUAAUCGAUUUUUCAACAAAUGUCUCUUCAAAGCUACGCAGAGCACUUUUUCUUAAUAUACCCUUUUUGCCGGCAUGGUAAUCUGCCAUGUAGGCUUCAGACAGUGCUGAGAGGAUUGUAAACAGAGCGCCGCCUCCUGGGUGACUUUGAGAUGAUGACCUUUCUGAAACAUCCCCAACAUUGUUUUUCUGCAUGGUAUGUUCUGUUAGAGUCAGUUUCAACUCAGCAUUUGUGAGAAAACUUUUAUGUCAAUACUGAUUUACAGUGUAUCUGUGUUGGUUGACUGAUUUAUUAGUUUGGCUCCAGUUUGCCGUUGAGGCCCUGAGGCUGUAGGGCGAUCUGCCAGAGGAGAUCAGGUCACCUGAGUCAGUGAUCUCCUUUUUCUUUCUGCUUAAGCACUCUUUAAACAGAGAGCCUUCCCUGAUUUACCUGAGUCCAAGCCAAAUUAAAAAAACAGAAAAUGUGUCAUAUAUUUGGAAUAUUUAGACGUUUAUUUCCCUCUAGUCUUUUCCAAAAAACAAACACCGAUCAUACCCAUGCAGAACAGUGAUGUCGGGACAUUAGUCAGGGUCUGCACAACUCAAACAUAUUUUAUUUCAUCUAGUGAACACAACCUUUCUGCAGCACUGCAGUACUUAUUCAACAAGCUGAAUGGGAAAGAGUGAAUGUUUACAAAGUGCUUUAUCUAGUUUUCUGACCAUUGAAAGUGCUUUUACAGCACAUUAAUCCAUUCACACCACAUUCACACACUGUUGGGUGCAGUCUGUGGAGGCAGUUUAGGGUUAAAUAUCUUACCCAAGUGCACCCUAGUAUGUGGACGGGUUUACCUUUAUUUAAUAAUUGCUGAUACUUGGUGACUCAGACAUGUUGUUAGUCAGUGAUUUUGCAGUGUUGCAUUGUGGUUGAUCGUUAACACUGAUCUUGUUUGCGUUUCUGCAGUAGGCACUUUGCAGGAAACCUGUCGGCUCUGUGUCCGCUGAACUUGUGGCAUGAAUCCCUUACGAUAUUUAUACUUGACCAAAAGUAUACAGAAAUAAGACAGACAGGGUUGUGCUCACUCUACAUGAGCUUAGUUUUCAGUUCAGUUCAGUUUUUUUUUGUCUCAUACUUAGCAACUUCAAAACACAAAACAGUCAGACUAACAUUUUCAGAUUAAUUUAGCUUUGACCUUCAUAUUUUCCUGGGUGCAUCUUGAUCUUUUGUGUGAUCAAUAAACUCUUAAAUCUAACAUCACUGUUUCUGGUGUGAUGUGUCAGAAGGUGAAUAGUGCUCUUUUAUUGCUCUGUACGUCACUGUGUUGGAUCAAUUUUGUUCUUACUCUUGGUCAUUUAAAUUUCCUUUGGUACUAUAUCUUGUAGUGUAGUCAUUUCCAUCUGAGCUGAAAGAUAAUCCUUCAACAAAAUGAACCUUGUCUUUGUGGCAGCAGUAUCUCUGAAGGCAUCAUAGUGUUUAUGAUGGAUGCUCAUUUGUAUCACUUAUCCCCUAAAGGCUCACUUAUGCUUGCUAUACGUAUGAAAAUGUACGCGUCCAUUUCAAACGAUAACUCUGUCACUGCCCACAUACUUCCAUGCGUCCUUUGGAUGUUAACCAUUACAUCCACCAGGGGGCAGGCUGGAGUCAAAAGUUUCUGACAACAACAAACAAAAAGAAACAUGGCGACUGUGGAAGAGCUAGUGAUAGUGUAUUUUUUGCAUAAGAGACAGAAACAAAGGCAGUAUUGGAGAAGGUGGUGGUCAGUCAGGCCACUAAAUGCCUCGCAGUUGGAGGACGGAGAGUUCUUUUCUCUAGUCAUACCGAUGACAGAAAUUGGCGACAAUCGUCAUUUUCAGUACUUCAGGAUGGCCGUUGGGGCAUUUAGCUCCCUCCCAAUUUCCUCCCAGAUGUUCUGGAGUUUAUUUUUAUCCCGGUGUCCUGGAUAAGUUUAAUCAUAUAUAUGUUUGUAGUCACGUACCUGCUCACACAACCUUUCCUCAAAAAGCCCCGCCAUUAUCUUCUUCAUUUCCCUCUAGAGAUGCGUAUCAGGUAGUGACAGCUGCAACACUGCCCCCACAGUUUCCAGUGGUAUUGCUCCGUCUGGCCCCUAUCUGUAAACUUCAAGGAUAUGUGCAGAAAUACGGACGAAAAGAAUGCGAAGCACGGACUGAGAGCCCUGUACAUGUCUGUAUCCGUAUGAAACGUUGAGCAUAAAUGAGCCUUAAAAUUGUUUUUGUGUGGUCAUAAGAUAAAAGCUGUGUUUCAAAAGAAUACAGAAAAGUUAAAGGUAAUCUGCUUACAGUCAUAAACAACAAAAUACAUUUAUUAGCAACAAAGCUGUAGAAAAUUCAGACAUGAGUAAAAGUAAAUAACCAGGAUCUUAUUGCUUGUAGAAAGGUGAUGAAGUAUAUACUUCUGUUAGCUGUAUAAACCCCCAGAGGGAUCCACUGAUGUAAAUACAAAUGUCAAUAAACUAGUUCACAUUCAUUGUGUUUUAGUUGCACCUACAUUAGCCAUCAGUGGAGCGUCUUAGACUUCAAUUCCUACUCCUCAAUCUCUGACAUUUCCUAAAACUAAGUGGAUUAUUAAAUUCUGCUGCAGAGUCAUUGACCGAUAAAAGAGCUGAAGAUAAAGAAACACUCAGUAAACUAGCACACGCUGAAAGUUUUACCUCUCUGAAACUAAAUAGGGUUUUAGUCCAGUGGGAUUGUUCCUGAUUUGCCCAUAAAACUUUUUUAUUGGCACCACUUACAACAUCUGCUGGAAGGCAGACAAAUGUAUCGUUGGGUGCCGAAUGUCUGACUUCAGUUGCCGUAAUACAGCACUGGGCGAAUCUUGAGACCUGACAGACUCUACCCUGAACAAUGCUCAUGUUUUUGUUCUUCUUCAUGAGUUGAGAAAUGAGCUGCUUGGUUCACUGUUCACCAAAAUAUGAGCAUGUAAAGUGAAGGGUUCAUUUCAGCAACAGAUCAGCAUCAGGUAGGAAAGACAAGACACAGGUGAGCUGCCUCACUGCUUUUUCUGUUCAGGGUCACGGCUUAAAGGUACAACUCACUUUUAAAAGUACAGCUCUGUUAAUCCACAAUUCAUGCAUGAAAGGGUUAGGCACAUCUAUUUUCAGAGGUCUAAAGUGCUUUAUCGGUUUUGUUUCGUACUAUUAUUAUUAACAUAAAAGGUUUUGUUGCCGAUAAUAAAAUCUUUGUUUUUAUUAUUUUAAUGUUUACCCCCCAGUCUCUGCAUAAACACACUCUGCUGUCAUGCCUCAGAAAAUGCCAACCAAACAACACACCUUUUAGUUAUUAUUCCACAGCAGCGUGAAGGUAAGGUUUGCCCUGAACAACAGGGGACUUCAAGUGCGACAAAGAGAGAGAAAGAGGGGACAAAAUAAAGAGAGAGAGAGAGAGAGAGAGAGAGAGAGAGAGAGUCUUAUCAGUAUUGAUCCCCAGUGACUGACGAUGACAUCUAUGAAGAGCAAUGAGGCUGAAGAAACAAGCCUCAUAAACCUGCUUUGAUGAAACAGAGCGGCAAUCAUCGCAGGUCAGCAGAGAGAGAAAAUAGAGUGAAGGGAGAGAGAGAGAGAGAGAGGGAGAGAGAGAGGGAGGGAGGCGGGGUUAUUAGAAGUGAGUGAGGUGAGGUGAACUUGGAGAAAGAAGUGAGGAACCCAUCUCCCUCUUUCUGUCACUUUUAAUGAAAAAUGAGUGCCUCACCUGGACUCCAUCCACCUGGUUCCAUCUGAUCUGGGUGCAGAAGUGUGAGUGUGUGUGCACAUGUGACUGAGUGUGUAUGUGUGUGUAUUAGAGUUCUUCUCAAAGGGGAUGGUGUAUCCAAGGGGCUAGUUUGGAGGUCUUCUGUGUGUUUUGUUGAUAACUGGGAUUUGGAACUCAAACACAGGAGCAGCAGAUGGUGUGUUGGCUUUAGCUUCUGUGUGUGUGUCUAUGUGUGUGUGUGUGUGUGUGUGUGUGUGUGUGUGUGUGUGUGUGUGUGUGUGUGUGUGUGUGUGUGUGUGUGUAAACAGGCCUUAGAUUGAGUGCUCAGAGUGUGUGUAUUUGUGCGAGUGUGAGUGUGUGUGUCCUUACCCUAACUCAGUGUCGGACACGAGUCAGUGGUCCCUGAAGGUAGGACUGCUCUCUGUGGUCUGAACGAACUGAUCCCAGGUCAGCCGCGGCCUGACCUCAGGCCCAUCUGCUCUCAUGAUGACAGAUGUGUCAGGGGCUGGCUUCAGAUCUGUAAGUCUCUCUCUGACAGACUGUACUCCUGUUUGCUUGAGGAUCUCAAAUAGACAUUAAUUUGGUUCCUCAAACCAGGAAAUAUCAUAUUCCUCAAAUAUGUUUUCCAUCAUAAUGAUUUAUUCUAAUAAUUUUUAAGUAUUUCCAGAUGUAGGUUUUUCUGAGAAGUGUGGUCCAAAUAAGUGAAAACCCUUCUUCCUUGCCUGUCAUGUGCAUUUGUAGAAUUUCAUGAGGAUCAGAUCAUCAGGAGAGCAGCAGCAAAGACCUUCAGGAUACAGAGCAGAGCAAAAAUCAGCAAUGAUACUAAUGCUAAGAUUUUGAUUUAUGAGCUGUUGACAACCUGACAAAAAUAUUACUUUCUGAUUGUACCCUGCUCAAUGGCAGGGCUAAUAGAUGAGGGAGUCUUAUUGAACCUUCGGCUCUGGAGAGAUUUUAUGUGAUUUUAUGGCUCUUAACGAUUGGCAUUUUUAGUACUUGAUUGUUGUAUUGUUGUUUUAUGUGUGUCUUAUCUGGACGGCUGGGUUCCUGCCUGCAAACAAAAUUUACCGCAAGGUAUAAAUAAAGAAACCUUUGAACCUUUGUAUCAAUAAAACAAUAAAAUAUUACUCUCCCGUCAGCGGACAAAGUGCAAAAAUCUGCAGUGUAUGGUCUGACCUCUUUGCUGGUUUGGUCCUGUUUUAGUCAUUUUCCUUUUGAAAAACUUGAAAUUCUAACAACUUUCAAAAGAAAUUAUAGUGAAUAAUUUCUGAGGUAAAUGUGGACACUGAGAUGAAUGCUCGGGUUGAAGUUGAGAAAACUGUAGCCUUGCUUGGGUGCUGGUUCUUUCAACAGCUCCUCAUUUAAGGGGCAGAACUAACAUCCAUUGUGGCUAAUACACUAACAGGUGACUCAUACAACCUCACCACAGAGAUACUGAAGUACUCCUCUAAUGCACUUUCUGACAUCACUUUCAUUUUAAGCUGCAUGACUGAUGCUUUUCCCGCUAAUAUGAUCUUAAAUACACUGAUUAGUCUGGUUAUGAAGACUUAGACCUGCUCCUUUCUGAGUCAAAUUUAGGUGUGACACAAGGUUUUUAGCUUUACAACUUUAUCGGCCAUCAGAGCAUCUACGCUUAUGGUUGUAUAGAGAAGCAGAGAAAGCAAGCGCUCUCAUUAAUUGCUGGUGUUAUUGGCUGGGAAAAAACUUGAGGAGGGUUUACCCAAUGACUGAAAGUAGGAGGCGGAGCUCUUGAGAAGCAUGUAAGACAGCCUGCCUUUGCUCUGACCUAGGGCCAGGUGAUAAAACUAUAACGAUACAUGUAUAUUGAAAAUUAAUUUCCAUCAAUAUCAAUAUAAAGCAUGGUCAGUAUCCUUUUCGAUAGUCGGCGUUCGGCCAUGUUUUGGUAGGCUAUAUGAAUAGCCAAUGAAAAGUGGAGUUGCUCUGGGUCCACUUCACGUCGAACAUCAUCAACAACACUGACACAAAAAUGUCGGUAGUGCCGAGGUAUUUUGUUCUUUUGAGGUUGGACAUGAAGCAGAGUAAUGUGCACCAGUGGCAGCUGGUGAGAAAAAUCAUAGAUGGGGCUGAAGUUUUGGAAACCGGAGCCCUGUCGGGGGGUCCGGGGGUAUCCUCCCCCGGGAGAUUUUUUUUUCAUUCUCAAAAGGUAGAUGAAUCAUUCUGAUGCUUUCUAAGAAAAUAACUAAGGAAACAUACGAUGUUGACCUACAAAGACAAAUGUGGUGGGGAUACUGUAUUUCAACUCAUUAACAGGGUAUUAUAGCCGACACACAGCCUACCUACAGUCAAUGUAAUCCAAUGAUAUAGAAACUGACAGUAGCAGUGUACUCGUGUACAUCCACCUGCAUCUCAACAGGUUAGGCUACAGCAAAGGAGCACACAAAGACAACAGCAGAAAAAUAGUGAAGAGCAGACCCACAUCUAUAACAAAUCAGGCUGCAUAUCAAAGUGGUCAGCCAAGGAAAACAACACAAACAUCUGCUUUAAAUACAGAACAGUUUUACUACAUUUGAUAUUUCAGUUGAACUGAAUUGAAACUGGGUGAACAAAUACAGGGUUCCCACUCUUUUAUAGAAAUCAUUUUCCAGGACUUUUCCAGGAUGUUUUCAUCCUGCCUUGAAAAUUAUUGAUUUCUAACAUUGUGGCAUGAACAUUGUCUGUUAGCUUUCUUUUUAGUCUGGCUUUUAUGUAGUGUCUCACUAUGAUAAAUUUAUGGUUUAUAUUAGGUUUUAAUCUUUACAUACACUAAUUUUCUACAAACAGAUUUUGUUGAGUGACUGUUUCAGUAGCUGAAAUUUUAUUUUGCCAGCUUUAUAAUUUCUUUUUGUCACCAUUAAUUUACAUGGGAAACAAAAAAGGGCCUUACUCUUCGGACUUCCAGUUAGCCAUGCAAUGCAUUUAUACCAUGCUCUUGAAAAUGCCAGUAUAUAUUGUCUGCUCUUCUCGGUGGUCACUUGCUGAGUGGCGACGUCUGGUCGAUCCGGACCGAGCUCUUUCAGCUUUAGUUAGUCCUGCAGAGUUCUCCUCCCAAACGGGACCUACUUGAUGGACAGCGCAGCGUUCUCUGGCAAAUCACUCGGUAGGGGGUUUGCGGUAGUCAUUCCCACGUCCUCUGUCAUUAGCAGCCAAGUGCAGAGUGAGGGGCGGACCAGCUCUGAGUAGAGCAGCUAGCUACGACAGACUCACAUUGUAGCUAUGCGUCUGUUUGUGGCCAAUCUGGUUAUGAACGUGCUUACGUCAUUCAAAUUAGAGACGCUUGGGCGCUCGUCCCUGGCACCCCUUAAAGAUAUUUUUUUUAUGUAGCUAGGAUAAGCUAACUUGUUAAUGCAGAACUGUGAUCUAAGCAUGCGUGAGGGAGCAGAAAGCUUGGGCACUGGCCCGUAGCGCCCCUGACGCUCAUGCCCAACUGUGAUCUGAGCAUGCGUGAGACAACAGAUGUUCCGAGUCCGCCCCGGUGCUGGGUGGAGAGAUCGCUAACGGACUGAAAUACACAUUUAAUGGAAUGAUUAAAAUGAAAGCGCCAUUUCCUUACUUUGAGAAUAAUUUUCAGGGAGACAGCAGACAUCUCUUUUUGCUCACGCAACUCAGGCGGGGCUCCGCCCGCAGCGCCCUCGUAUACCGGCCGCCACUGAUGUGCAUUGCAAAUUAUGUCAAGUACAUGUUCUCGCAAAGUUGGGAAAUACCUCAAAUCUUUUUCACCACCUGAAGCAGUGCCACAUGGCGGAACACGCGCAAUGCAAAAGGUUACAAACCCCGAGUAGGGCAAGGAGUCCUUGGUGCCUGUGCAGCCGAAACUGCCGACCAUUCGGUUUGCUUCCUUUAGCGCAACGCCUUACAACAAAAUGUUAAAGAGACGCAAAGACCUCACAGAUGCAGUAGCUUAUUCUGUUGCAGAGAACAUGCUACUAAUAAGCACUGUUGAAUUUCAUUUUUUAUAGCGUGAUAUAUUUCGAUAUUGACUGAUAUAAAAAAAUAUAUUGUGAUAGACUUUUUCCCAUACCACCCAGCCCUUGAUGGACUGUGAUGCCAUGAUAUGGCUCCUUACAUCAUGUUAGAAAUGAUACUGGUGUUACUGUGGACAGUAUGACACAGCACAGACUUAAAACAUCUUAUUUUGUACCUGAUGUUUGCAGUACAGUCAUUUACUGGUUGUAACUGAGCUCUGAUGAACUUAAAAAAUUACCAUCCUCCUUUGCUUCCCCAUUGCUGUCGUCUCUGCUCAGGUUGAAAUCACGACAUCAGGCCUCCCGCUGUGCUCCCACUGCAUGAUUUUAUUUUUGUGAACAGUGUGUAACUUUAUGUUAUCCUGCAGGCCUCUGCAGACCUUUUUCUGCCGUUUUCUGGUAAAGAAAAAUUGAUUUGUGAAGCAGAGCACUGGAGGCAGCAGCUUCUUUAAUACACAAUGACACCGCUGGAGUGCUUUUGCAAAACAGAAGGAAAAAUUGGAGGCAUUCAUCACAGUCUGAGACCUUUGCAACCAUUCAGACAUUAUCCAUUAUUUUGCUCUUUGAUCACAAUUACACCAAUUAUACCUCCUCUAUUAGCUCAGUUUCUCCUAAACAAGUAAGAGGAGGAUAAGAAAGGAAAGGCUCAGUGAUUCAGAAGCGCCUAGUGUCUGUGAAAUGUGAUUAGAAAUGUGCAGGUGACACGCUGACUUCCGUACAAAUGAUUCUGGUUAAUGCUGGAGAGGAAAGAGCACCGGGGCGCCUCAUUGAGUGGCAGAGAGAGGAACCCGAGCUCGGCUCAUGUUGUUGAUUUUCUGCAAACUGCUCCACACGCUCCUGCUCCCACCGUCUUUUUUUCUUUAUCAUUAGAUUGGUUGACCUACCCCUGUGCUGCAGAACUAAUUUUACCAAUAUGAUGAAGUUUUUGCUCUGUUAAAAGGUCACACAGACUCCAAUUAUUGGAUCUCAACUUAGGCUCUUGCUAGAGAAGCACAGAAUAAAGAGCUGAAGUCCAUGUAGAAACCCUCAGAUGGUUUUUAAUCACCGGCUGCAAAGACUCCGUCUGUCCUCAGUCUGUUAGAGCUCCUCAAACUUCAGCCAUGAUGGAUCCAUCUGUGGACAUCAUUUAGAGCUGCUGCUUGGCUUCAAUGAGUAUUUAUAGUCAGAACAUCUGAAAUAAUCUUCAGUAAUUCUCAUUGCUAUCAGCAUAUGUGAACACGAAAACCAGGGAUACACAUUUUGGACUUUUGUUAUGGUGAUAUUCUGCUCCUGGAGACGCUGAUAAGAUUAGAGGUGUUUUAGUUUAACAGUGUAGAAUUUUGAAAACCUGUGGGUCAGGAGGCUAAGAUUUAGUGAACUAAGAUGCACAUAACAUUUAAAUGUUAUAAACAUGGUGAUUCUGGCUGACAUAACUUUUCAUAACACAAAACAAAACAAAAAAAACAAAGAACAGAUCUGACCCUUUAAUUGUCAUUUAUUUUUACAAUGGAUUGGAGUUCCCCUGUGCUGCAAUAAUGUCUUUGAAAGUUAAAGUUAUGUACAUAGCCUGUGUAUAGAAUGGACGCUCUCUGCCUCCUUGCUGGUUGAAGCCACCGCAAGAACAGCACCUGUGAUGGGCUGCAGUAUAGGUCAUAAAUCCCGCCUCCUCCAGCAAUCCCUAUGGAGCUGUGGACAAUCUUUAGAAAUUUAUUACAAAGAAUAUGAAUUUUUCUCCCCCCUGGUUGCGAUGUUGACAUGUAGUUACUGUAAGACUGGUUUGUGCUCAAGUCCUCUUUUUUCUGUGCAGCUCCGUUUUUUAAAGUUAUUAGGGGGUUCAUGUUUUCUAUGAUUGACACUUGAUACAGCCUUUGGGCAUACAAAGAUUGUGUUGCUAACCCGGGGGAUACGCUGUUUGAGCCGAGCGUCAUCGACUUUCCCGCUGAAUGCGUACAAGGCUACUGCGCGAGUGGUGGUUCCAGGAAGUGGAGAAAAUCCCGGAAAUGCCGAGAGCAUUUCAGCUUCAAAUUAGUAUAAUGACAGAGCCAAAUUGUCCUCAGUAUAUACAGUAUGGUUACAUAGUUCAGAGUACAGUGAAGCUUGGAGAAGUCUCAGGCUGAGAUUUAAGGCCAUACAGGUUGAUGAUAUGAGGAGAUAGAGGUGAGCAGUACCAUGCGUAUGGAGACAAAGGAAAAUCCAUCUACAGGCAUCUAAUUUCACUAUAUCAGCACAACACAGAUUAGUCAAUACAAGUUGGAAGCUUGACUGCAUCUCAGUUUAUGAGUAAAAGUCUAAGGGAAUCAGGUUGUCUGUUCUCAUGCCUUUCUUACUCUCUCACCAAAGCAAGACUUACACUGUGUGAGACCAAUUCUGACAGGAUUUUGAAGUCGCAGGACUGCUCAGGGAGUCAGGUCCUGUUGUAGGGGGGUCAUGGGAGCUGAUCAGGCUUGAUUUGCUGCUCCAGACUGAUCAGAUGAAAUUCUGGCAUGUCUGGAAAUUUGGUUGGCUGACUGUAUAUGGUCAUACUGUGAGAGCAGGACUUUGACUUGAUAGGAAACUCAGGGGCUUUAUUUCCUGACUGGCAGCAAAUGGCAGCGUCUGAAAGCAACAAGACAACACAGUCUGUAACUUGAGAACUGUAAUACACAUGAAUAAAUGACACCAUGAGUGUAGUUUGUUCUCUCAGUUUGGGGUUACACACAAAAAAAGGACUUUGAUGCAUGCAACAGAGGCAGACUGAGGCGAUAUACACGCCUGUUAUAAGAACAGAUCCUCGUCUGUUGGCGUCUCUUCAGAGAUAAGCCCUAAAGGCUUGGAUAGAGACCUGCCCAUGGCAUCUAUAAACCUACAUGCAGCAGCCUUUAUUCAAACACUAAAAGCUCACAGUAGGAGGUUGAUGUUGAUCCUUGAAAUGUUGCUAAAUCUUCAGAAUUAACAUUGCAAUUCACUGUGAAAAACUGGUGACUUAUUUUCUUUAAAGAGAUGCUGUGUCUACCCAUGUGGCACACUGGUGUAGUUUCAUUCAUGUAUGUAAACAUUCUGAUAGUAUUUGACAGGAUUUAGUUGUGAAAAGUUGGCUGUUAACAAUUAUUUUUUUGUAUUUUGCUGCAGUGGUUGAGUUUUAGCAGGUCUGUCUGUGUGAAGCUAAUGAGCACGUAUUCAGCCUGAAUGCAGAGAACCUGGUGUCAGUCUCAAAGCUGGAGUGUUUAUUUAUCAGAAAGGUGAUGACUUUUCUUCAUAAUUCCUGCUGAAGUCAUAUUCUUUGACUUAAGCCAUCGUGUGUGGGAGGAAGGAAACACUGACACCUAUCAAAGCUCUGUCUGAAUUCGACACUUGACUCUAUGACAUUUACAGCGUGAGAACAUGAAUUGCACACCUUAGUUGUGUCUUCUACACAAUUCACAAGCACAAUUUGUCUUCUGCCAUGAGUUUUUAAAGAUCUUGGUGUACCCCUGACACAAUGUGCUUCACCACUGUCUGAAGACCUUAGACUGGGUUCCUGUUUGACUUAGUUCGAGAAGCUGUCUGCUUACUCAAGAUAGUGAUGCACCACUUUUGCACCUGACCUCACCUCUCUUUAAGACCAACACACCCACAGGAGCUGACAUAGACACAGGUUACCUUGUAAUUUACACAGGCGACUGGGUACCCGGAGUGUGAGCUGGGUGGAAAAUAACAAUGACACUGUUAGCUGCUGAAAUCCUUGGUUUGUGGUGAUGGAUAAAAAUAGGCUUAGAUCUUUGGCAAAAAAAGAAAAAAAAAACCAUGAUGUACACUACAGGCCAAACGUUUGGAAGCAAGGCCAUUACAGGCCGAAUAGUUGGGAGUUUUUGUUCACAAUGCUUUUUUAAAAUCCAGCAUGAGUUUUAUGUAUUUUGGGAUGUAUUUACUUCAUGAUCAGAUGUUGCUUUCAUGGAAAUGCACCAUUUUACUCCAUUUACCUUUAGAUAUACAUUGAUGUUAACAGACCAUUGCUAAAUAUAUGUCAACAAAAGAUAAUAAAGGCUUAGUUUUAGGGUUGAAAACAUUUGCAAGAGUCAUAACUUCAGUGCAAAAGCAAAAAAAAUAAUCACAGUUGGAUUAUUCACUUCAGCUUUUUGGCUUUUUAAAGUCUGCAUACAAAAAUCCUAAUAAAUCUCAACUGUGUUCAAACUACCGCAAAAAAAUGUCUGGAAAGAAGCAACUGAGUAAAGAAACAAAAGUACAGAUUUGUACAUUGAGGAAAGAAGGAUACACAGAAAGAGAGAUUGCAAAACACAUAAUGGUAUUUAACAAAGGAGUCCACUAAACUCUGAAGAGACUAGAGGAACCUGGAAGUUAUGAUGAUAGAAAAAGACCUAAAUGAAAGAGAGUUACUACAAAAGCAGAGGGUAAACAUAGCAUUGUCACCAGUAAGAGAGAUUGGCGAAAGACAGCACCAAAAAUAAGGGAGGAAAUCAACAUGACAAGGUCGAAACCCAUAUCUCUGACAACUGUGAAAAGAUGUUUGAGAAAGGCUGGUCUGAAGGGUUGGUUAUCUGUAAAAAACACUACUUCAUCCACAGAACAAGAAAAAGAUAUGAGUGGGUAAAAGCUUACAAAAAAUUUGACUUAUGAUGACUAGAAGCAAGUUUGCACUGUUUGGUUCAAAACGCAGAGUCUAUGUCCGCAAACAAACUGGUGAACGUCUGAAAGCACCAUGUGUUACACCCACAAUUCAGCAUGGAGGUGGUAGUUCCAUGGUAUGGGGAUGUUUUGCAGGUGAUGGAGUAGGAGAUUUGUUUGAAGUAAAGAGUAUCAUGAAGAAGGAACAGUACCACUCCAUCCUCCAGCACCAUGCUGUUCCAUCUGGACUCAGACUUGUGGCUCAUAAGUUUGUUUUGCAACAAGACAAUGACCCUAAGCACUCUGUCAAGCUCUGUCAGGGUUACCUAGACAAAAAAGAAGAGAAAGGUGUUCUUCAAGAGAUGGUUUGGCCCCCUCAGUCUCCAGACCUUUCUCCAAUAGAGCUUGUGUGGGAUGAAUUGGAUCGAUCGUCAGAAAAUUGCAUCCCACAAGUCAGCAGUCUCUUUUUCAUGAACUUAAGAAAGCUUGGAAUGCAAUCGCUGGAACAUACCUUAAAAAACUUGUGGAAUGAAUGUCUGGUAUAUGCCAAGUUGUUGUUAAAGCCAGAGGAGGUUACUUUAAAGAAAGCAAAGUCUAAGCAACAAUAACUCAAAUACCUAAUAAUAAUGGUCGAAGUGUCUUCUGAUAAGUUAUUCUUUACACAAUAGUCAUGUUUAUUGUGUUGCAAAUUAUAUAUAUGAAACUAUGAUCUUUUUUUUUGUACAAAUCUGAUCUUGCUUCCAAAUUUUGGCCUGUAGUGUAUUUUGUCAUGUUGUCUGAUCUUGAUUGUUAUCAUGAUUUAUUUUAUUUAUUUAAACUGCCAGUUUCAAAGCAUCUGUAAUAAAAACUAAAGAAACUAGAUAUUAGUUCAACAUUUUAUUAACAUCCAAUGUAAAUAACAAAGCAAAUUGAAUAAGUUAAACUUUUGAAAAAUUUGAAAACCAUUUUAACUCAACAGUACAACAAAUGUAGAUAAAUAUUAAACAAUACAGUGAAUUAGUUUACAGUCCUGAGUGUGCUUGCAGGUAUGCAAGACCCAAAAUAUGAUUUGAAUGCCACAUUUUUAUGCAUUUACCAGAGGGAACAGACAGGGCGUGUUAUUACGGUUUAUUUACUUUUUAGACAUUACACAAGUAUCUUCACUGUAGCUGCCUCUACUUUGUCUGUGGUUGCCGUCAUCAACAACCUCUCUCUCUCUUUUUAUUUUGUUGCAAACAAACUUGACAAUGUGAAAUUCAUCACUUUCACUUCUCAUCACAGUAGUGAGAAUAGUUUCACCCCAAGAAACACUUCAGUCCCAUUUUGUCACCACAGCUUGCUCUGAAUCUGUCUUUGCCAAAAAUAAGAGGCGGAUAUAAGUUCAGAGGGAAGGAGCACUGACAUUUAGUCUGACCAGGUGAGCAUAGAAGAAGAAUCACAGCAUGGAUUAAGAGUUGCAAUCCAGCAGGUCCGAGAUAAAAUCCCACUCUGUGGCUCCCAUAGUAAACCACACUGAUUUGCUGCUGUUUGUGUAUGGUGGUUAUUCCUCUCCUCGAAGUGGCUGUGGUUGUGAUUAAUGGAUGCUGAGGAUCGUCAUUACGAGCUGAUGAGCUGCUGUUGAAGCUGGUACCUAUGAUAGGUGAUGCAGCCUCAGGUGAUGUCGUAUUGACCUCUGUAUUCAUCGCCAUGGAGAGGGCCCCUGAUUGAUUUGUUUAUGUGAUUAUUCAUCUACUCAUCUGUCCCCCGCACACAAUAUGUCAGUGUGUUCAGAGAAUUAUGAUGAUGCUCCAGGACAUUUUUAUAAUUUAUUUCAGAAUACACUGUGACCCAGAGGGGCAACACUGUGACUGAAACCAGAAUAAAGAAACACACUGCUGCUAUCAGCAGAUGGUGGUACAUGCUUCUUUUUAAAAUGUGGUCUUUAAAUCCAGGGAUUUACCUGACAAAAUACUGCUCCACUACUUUAUGAUAGACCUCACCAAGUGUCUUUGACAGCUAAUUAAAACAUUCAUUUCUGUCUGCUUUAAAAUUUUCAAGUCCUGUCACUAUAUUUGAAGCAUAAGCUGGAGCUACAUUAAGGGUUAUAUUAUGUACUAAGGUAAGUCACAGCCAAGCUAUUAACCCUGAACACAGUCAAAAGGCAGACAGCUAAAAAAAAAGCACCCCUUUUACAAAUCUUUACAUUUUUUAAUAAAUAUUUCAUAUUUUAGGAUCAUACCAAACUGAACAUGUUUUCUUUGUUUUUGCUAAAACUGACUCCAGCAUCAGCCUGCAGUAGAGUCCCAGUUCACACUGAACGUAAAAAUUCAUUUAAUCAAAGAGUUACAAAGGUACUGACUUUGGACUGAACAUGUGGGCAUUUUCAUCCAUCCGACUGUUCGUCUGUCCAUCCAUCCAUCCACCGUACCAACCAACCAAACAACCAACUAUCCAUCCAACUAUCCAUCCAUUUGUUGGUCAGUCGGUCGGUCCAUCCAUCCAUCCAUCCAUCCAUCCAUCCAUCCAUCCAACCAACCAACCAACGAAGCAACCAACCAAACAACCAACCAUCCAACCAAACAACCAACCGACUAUCUAUCCAUCCGUUGAAAAUCUGUUUCAUUUUUAAGGUUAAACGGUCCAUGUGGACGCCAGAUUGUUUCCAUGUAACUUCACCAAAAAUCUGCCAAAGUGGGCAGAACCAGGUCUGGAGUCAGCAGGCCUUUGGUUUUUUGAGCUGAUCAUGGAGGUAUGAAAUCACUGAUUCCUCAUUUAACCAUGGAAAUUCUUGGCUCUGCGCCUUCGGUUCUUCUGCAAUGCUGCUACAUGCUGCGCUCUGAAAAAGUAGGUGAGGGGUAGCGAUGGAUGAGGCACAGAAGCCAACUUGAUCUGAGUGGAAACAGACCAAAAACAGAUCUGGUGGAACUCUGGAGUGAGCAUGUCAACUAAGAUCUCUCCUCCCCAGUUGGACAGGCCAGGUUGGCCUUUAGCCUGUUGGCUAACAGCUACAGUGUUCCCACUCGUCAGUCAAGUCAGUGCUGUGGGUAAAGUAACAAAGGCUGUUUCUUUAGCAUACCUCCUUUCCCUCUCUGCAGUUACAGGCAUCAAAAAUGGUCCCAUGAUCACGUUUGUUAUGUGGCUGUGUGUCAGUGCUAACCUGCUGCACAGAGAGGGUGAGAGACCUGUUAAUAUCACAGUUUUGACCAACAUUCAAGGCCAUGGCACUGUCUUAUGAUGAGUCUUCACAUUGUUGCUCUUAUUAUGAAUAGGUAGAGAUCAUUUUGCUGCUUUAUACAGUUGAUUUUGCACGUGUUUAAGACUUUCUUUCCAAUGUAUUCAUCACUUUUAACUAGAAAACAAACAAAACAAAACAAAAAAGCCACAAACACCUUCUUAAAAACAAAAAUGCCACCCUAAAUGACUGAGAUAUUGAUUCAGACUAGACUAAUGUUAUUGGUGGAUAUCUGCUCAGGACAGGCUCUAUUCAAACGAAUGAAUGCACCGCAGUGAUGAAGCCAGGUCAAAAGAGAGCCAGCUUUGGUGCCCUGACUCAACCGAUAUGUCUCACCCCUGAAUCUCUCUUCACGGUGCACCCCCUGCUCUUAGAGAACUUAAGCCUCUCUGUGAAUCACUGAAAUAAUGACCUGAGUUUGUUGCAUUGAGUGAAAGUUGAACACACGUCUCCUCAGACUGAAUGAGCUCUCCAGAUUCUACUGUGUGUGUUGGUCUGCAGCAGAUGGCACGCUGGAUGUUGGUUGUUUUCGAUGGAAAAACAAAGAGAAACUCCUCCAGCACUGACGGGAGAGCUGCUGGCCACCUGCAGACACAGCGAGGCAACAAAAGUUUAAUCGUCCUCCUGCUGUCGACUGACAACAAACAGGAAAUCUACUGAAACUGAGGCACGUACUUUUAUUUGUUGACUUCCUCAUGAAGAUAAAUAAGUCCAGAGCUUUCUUUCUCUGAUAGACUUUUCUGGAAAGGAGAAAAGGCUUUCUGCCAAAGUUAGGGUUAGCUAAACAAUUUCACUUCCACGCCUGGCUCUGGCUGGAGUCUGCCAGCCCCUCCAGCUUGGCAACAAACUCUCACACACUGUGACUUGGACUUCCUGUGGGAACACCUCAAGGGGCCCACUGUUACAAUAAUGAGGCAUCCUAAACACAGGCUCCCUUAUUCUUUUAAUGGGGGCUUACCUCGUUUCAGUCACGGAGUGUUGUGGUAAAACAGUUUGUCUCUGUUACUCUACAUCACCGGCAUUUAAACUUAAGAAAAAUAAUAAAAAAAAAAAAAAAAUGAAAAUCAAACUCUUUAUGUAACAUUAAAAACAUCCCAAACUCAUGGGGCUCUAUUUUCGUUCGCGCCGGUGAGGCGGCGGAGGGCGGCGAGCCCCGCGCAGUUGUAUUUUCGUCUGGCGGAGCCCGGCGUAAGGCGAGUUUGGUAUUUUCGUGGACUGAGUCGCACGGAGGCGAGCCGAGAUCCGCCAAGCUGGGCGUGGUGGCGUGGCAGGGGGAGGUGUUGACAGAAUCAGCUGGCGCAGUGACAUUUUCGUGCUCGCCACUGGCGUGUAACGUGCGCUGAAAGCUCGCCGAUUCAAACCUGGUCAGCUUUCAGCGCUAGGCGGAACGCAGCUGGUCCAGUAGUAUUUUGGUAGACCGGCGGCGUAUCGACAUACGUCACUGAUGCCUCACCGGCAGGUUUCCACAGUGUCAGGCAGAUUUCAGUGCAAUAAAUAAUGAUCAACAACUAUUAAUCUGAGUCAGCACAUACAUUUAGAUCUAUAUCGAUAUAUUCUGAUCUAUAUCUGAUCUGAUGAGCGCGUUUGGCACGCGUUUGGACACACAACCUGACCGAAUCAAUACAGCUGAAACUGCAUCAAAUUAAAUUAAAUAUCUAGUAAAUAAACACACAUGAUGAAGUUUAACAAGAUAUGUAAUGUGUCUCCCUCCUUUUCUUUCUUCCUCUUAUUUCUCGCACAGCUCGACCUGGACACGUCUCCGUGUCCUCUGUCCGUCUUCCUGCUGCUGCUGCGGCUGAACAGAUGAUUUGUUUCAGUGCUCAGACGAGUUAUCUACUUUAAGCCGACAUAUGAAUAUUAUAAUAUUCAGUUUUGUGAGCCAAAUUUAUUUUAUAUGCCAACAUCUAUGAAAGAAAGAGCCAGGCCACGGAGCGCGAUGCGUCAUUUACGCACAGAUGGUUCCGAUUUUAAUGCCUUUUUGGAGUUUAUGUUGUGAUCUGUGCGCUCAACCCACCUUUGUCACGUGAGGUUUGAAUAUAUGCAACUUUAUGUGAGUGUCUUUAUUUGUGGAAAAGGGUGUUUGUCUUACCAGUGGGUCCAACAUUACGCACACCAAAUCCAUCUGUGCUCAGAUGAGAGAGUGUGGAGGACACUUGUUGAGCAGCUGCCCUCUGUCACCAUCUUGUGGCAUUACUGUCUUCAGACAUCUCUUGAUCUCUUUGACUACUUCAUGAAAAUAGUAAUACGCCUCGCCUGUGGCGGAUCUAAAGGCGAGGAGAGGAGCUAAUGUGAUUGGUGAAAACAUGUCUCGGCUGUGUUAAACCCCCUCUCCUCCCCGUCUAUGAUUUAUGCUGCUGGGAGGAGCUGAGUUAGGGAGGGGGGAUACUUACGCUGGGCUGCGCGGCUCACCAAAUACCAAAAUGUGCUUGGGAACGCCUUGUCAGCGCGGCGGAUCUGAUUGACUCUGCGCUUGCGGCACGUCUCCGGCGAGGCACCAAAAUAGAGCCCAUGGUGUUGUUUGAAAGGUGAAUUCAUUCAAGAAGAGUGACUUUAUUAUACAUGCCCAAACAAUAGCUUGUAAACCAUUAAAAGCAAACAGUGCAAAGACAACAUCAAAUCUUUACAGUGAAAAUUUUACCAGCAGCCGUUUGUUCGUGGGGGAAGCCCUGCCAAGUCGAUCAUCAAGUUCAGUGGAGUUUCACAGCUCAAGGAGGAAAAUUUAUGAUUAUUUCUUCAUGGCAAUGCAAUUUGACCGAGACGCUAAGGCAGAAGAACUACAGCAUCUGCAGUGCAAAAUGAUUAAUAUGAUGAUUAUUAAUUCAAGGAAAUGAUCCGCUGCACUUGGUGAUCGACUCGUCAGGGCUCCCCCCUACAAACAAGUAACUGCUGGAGGAGAGUGGAUGAGUUGUGUUUGGUCUCUUUGCUAAUAGAGAAAAAGAGGCAAAGCUAAAAAGAUGUUUGAUAGUUAGUGCUAUGGCUGGGACCCUCUAUGUACUGUUGAUGAAGUUAGGUGCUGUUCUGAGCAUUAUUUGUGGCUAUAGAGUGGCUUUUUGGUUGAGGUUUGAGUGUGGAGACUUAGAACACUGUGUAUUGCUGUUGUGCGGUCAUUACUUAAAGCUAUGGUCUACGAUCUGAAAACCAGUUUGGCUGUUGAAACAGAUUUGAAAAAUGCAGCCCGCUUGUUUUUUUUCGUUCUUUUUGAUCUUUAUAUUGCGUGGAUCCGACCAUAGGACUAUAACGGCCUUCUAAACUGUGUUAUUAAUAAGUACCAAGCUUCCAAAUGGUAGACCAUAGCUUUAAGUUGGUGUGACUAGAAAAGCAAGUGGUCGGCAACAUUUAUCUCUUAAGGGGGUGUCUAACUCGGUGUUAUGCUGUGUUUGACCCCAACUUAAUUUUAUGCCGGAAUAUCCCUUUAAGAGCAGAGGACUUGUUGUCCAUGAUAUCCAAGGAGGAUGUCAAUUUGAUUUGACAUGACAGUAUUUGAUUAACCUCAACUUAUCAUAAAUGGGUUUGUGUUCAGAGAAGUUUAUUUUCAAAUUGUUUCCAAGCAGUUCAGUUUUAACCUGCAUUUGUGGAUUCGGUGAUUAAAUGUGUUCACAGACAAUAGAGUUUGGAGGUGAGUCAGUACAGUGAAUUCAACUCCAGAGUCCUGUCUGUUUACAAUGCAGUGCUGCCUGAUGGCCGGAAGAUCAGGUCCAUCCAGUCUUGGUUUUGGUCCUUGUCCCCUUUGUACAGAGAUUUCUCCAGAUUCUCUGAAUCUUUUAAUGAUAUUUUUCCGUAGAUGAUGAAAUCCACUCUUUCUUUGAAAUUUAAAGCUCAGCAACACUCUCCGUGAAAUUAUUUGCCCAUGCAGUCUCUCUCAUAGUAGUGAACCUCUUCCUUAAUUUACUUCCAGAUAAUUUAAUUAUCAUGAAAAAUGAAAAUUCAAUUUGAAAAAACAAAUAUCAAUAUUUUUUGAAAUCCUUAUUGCUAAUUUUACUCUCAUUCACAAUAAAACUCAGGUGGUUUUCGAAAAGGUUGAGUGCAUCCUUCAGUGCAAAAUGAAAGUCAGGUCAGAGUCGUCAUCCAGCCAUGGGUCUGUCAAACUUUACAGACUUACAUGACUAACUUUAAAAGUCCACAUGUGGUCAAACUUCUGUCCCUGAUGUUGUUGUGGAGCAGACUGUGAGAGUGUGUAAAGACCACAUCAUUCAGAGCACGUAGAGAUUCGUCUGCAGAGCAGCAGAGACUCAAUGUUGGCUGUCGAAAUCCUAGGUUCUGCUACCUCGCUUACUGCGUCAUUAUUUACUUAAGCUUUGAGUUGUCUCUGAUAAAAUAUCUGAUAAAAUUAUACCAGCUCUACAGCAGACUGUUUUAUUGGUGCUGAUGCGUAUUCCAUCUCUACUUUCCUGCUGUGAUGACGACUUUUGAGGAAACUUGAAAAAUUCAUCAUGUUUAAACUUGAGGACUAUUUAUUUUCUCUCUGAAUGCUUGCAACACAUGUCUUUCUCUUUGUGAUUAUAUUAUUCCUAACUAAAAACAAUGAGAAACAUCCCCACUGGUGUUGCCUUUUGUUUGCUUGGUGCAGCUGUGUUUGUUUUUCUUUACUGGUCUGCAUUUUCCCAAAACAAAGACCUAAAUAAGAAAUAUCAUUUUACUUUAACAUGAAAAGUGUCUUCUUGCUGGAGUAAUUUUUCCUCUGGAGCUGUAUAUCUGUCAGAUGAUGGCUGGUGUCUUCUGAUAUCGGCAUUGUGCUGUCUAGAUAACCUAAAAAUAAGCCCCCAUGCUGCUUUAAAAUCGGCUCAGCUAAAAUUGAAGGAAAACACCUCAGACAAAAUCUCUGCACUUCUAGUGUGUGUGCAUGUGAGUGUGUGUGUGUGUGUGUGUGUGUGUGUGUGUGUGUGUGUGUGUGUGUGUGUGUGUGUGUGUGUGCUACUUGCAGACAAUUUGUGUGUGAUCUGGGCUUGCAUGACAUGACUCCACAGAAAGCUGUUAACACUGGGACUGGGCCGGGCGGUGCGUCCUGUGCAGAGAUUGAUAGAUUUGAUUAUUAAAGUCUGAACUCAGACUCUGCAGUCAGAGAGGUGAGCUAGAUCAGGUCUAGAUGAAGUCUGGAUCAGGUGUGAGGUCUCCACAGAGCGAGUCAGGCGUAGAGUCCGGAUAUUUGUUCGACCAACAAUGUUUUAUGUAUGUGCUUAGUCUUUCAUCAGCAGUCUCAGUAUUCAAUUUACAUACUGUCUACUGAUCCGGCACUGAAUGUUAAGCUGUUUAUGCUCUCUCAGCCACUUUAUUCUGACACCAAUAUGUGUGUGUGUGUGUGUGUGUGUAAGACAGAUUGCUUUGCCCCCCUCCCCUGUGGUUGUGCAGUAUUGUGUUCUGGUCGUAAUGAUGGGUUCUGUGCCUCCCAGUCUCCUUCGCAGCGGGGCACACACAUAAAAGGGUCCUUCUCAGGGCAGCCAUGUGCGUGUGUGUGUUGUUUUCUACGACUGUGUGUGCGUGCGUGCGUGUGUGAUUCUAAGAACAUCAUUUUCGACAGUGCAUGCUGAUUGGGCCUCAUACUGAGCGCGUGUCCAACCCAUCAAGGUUCACAUUGGUACACUCUCUCUCCGUCUCAGCCUCUAUCUGGCUCACCCUCUCCUUCGCUCCCACCUCUCUUUUUUCAUCUAUCUUUCUGUUCCCCUAUUUCUCCUCUCUGUAUGACAUUUCUGCUGUCCUCACACAGCUUCUCUGCACUUCCCCUGUGUGUGUAUGAGCUAUUGGAUUUUUACCAGGGGAGCCUCUCCUUUCGCUAUUGCAAAUCGAAGCAGACACACUUGAGAAAACAACAGUUCCUGUCAGAGAAAGUUUGGAUCCACACAAUCCAAAUGCUGGUCCUCAUUCACCCACUAUUCACGAGAAGAUAUUUCUUCUUAAAACCCACUGAUGCUGUUUUCAUGAGGAUCUUGACAUUCCUAAAUCGUAUUUCCUUGAAUUUGUUCUGAGGUUAGUACAAAAUUUAAGAGAAUAAACACAUGAACAUUUCAGUGCCGAAGUGCAUGUAGAACUGUCAGGUUCGGUGUUUUCUUCAACUCUGAGCUAGGUCUGCACGAUUUUUGCCCAAAAUAAGAUCCAGAUUUUUUUCUCUGAAAACUCAAUUUUUGAUUUUGAUUUCAAUAAUUUGAUUAUUCAGUGACAACUUUACCAAACUUCACUUACAUAAUAAGUUUUUCUAUCAUCUCUCAAAAGGAAACACUGAAAACAAAUGGUGCAUAUGCCAAGCCAGUAAGUGGCGCUGAAACGCUACUGAGGUAAUGCACCAAAGACAAAAAAAGAGUACAGAGCAUGCGUAUAAAGGUUAUUUUGGCCAGAAUAGUUACGCUGUCUGUCAUACAAUCGUUUUAAGAGAGAUGCAGAUAGGCAUCCACACAGAGAUGAAAUGGUAGUCGUUUACAGAUUCAUGCACUUUGACCAAUUUUCAAAAAGUACUGUUUACAGUCACCUGAAACGCCAUUUCCACGUGGAUGAAAUGCUAAUACGACAAAAAACUUUUUGCUUUUACUCCUUAUUUCAUUUCCGUGUGGAAGGGUUGAUAUGAUUUUGCAGAGGGGAGUGGUUUGCUCUUCAUCCGAAACUGCGAAGCCGUACCAAUUCCACACGACUGACUUGCUCUUGCCCUAUUUAGCCAUGAAAUUAUCGCCCUCAUUUGCAAACGCCAUGUUUGUUUACAGAGGUGUGAGUGGGAACUGAAAAGCACUCUUGCAAGAAGGAGGCGUGAGACACGAUAGAGGAUAAUCAAUUUGAUGAUUUUAAUUUUUUUUUAACAUUGUCAUAAUCAAAUAAUCUGAUUACGAUUUAAAAUCAAAUAAUCAUGCAGCCCUAUUCUGUACCUUUGUGCAACCAUAGCAUACAUCAAAACAUAUGAUCAACUUUUAGUUAUAAUUUUGUCUCUAAACUGCAAAGCAAUUAUUAAAUUCUAAAGACAUACUGAACAUACAAGAAACUUGCAUCUGAUAGACAUUUAAAAAAACCCUGAGGGCCUGAUUCAACUAGGGAUGAGCUGUGGUGUUAAAAACAGCAAGUAUUGUGCAUCAUUUCUGCCCUGCAAAGGUAAAAUGCGGUUGCUAUUUGACUUGGUCAAAACUGAGUUACAGCUGGAAAUUGAUUCUGUCACAUCUGUUUAAUCAUUUAGCAGUUUCCUGUUUCAAUUAAGUUCUGUUUCAGAGGAAAAAUGAGCGUCAGUUUUACAGUAACCACAAAUCUCAGAGAGAAACAGAUUGAUUUCUGAAGUGAGCUGAAAAAGGGAGCUCAUUCAGAUACACAAAAAAAUCCACUCCUCUGUUUGUAGGGCCACAGCUUAUGUGGGGAAAUGGAGCUCCAGGCUGAUUUAACCCCCCCCCCCCACCCCCCGAGUAUUACAAAGUAGCCAAAGUAUUAUUAACAGACUCAAUGGGCAGAGUAUUUUUAGGCCAUCCCAAGGAGUUUGUGCAUGACUACACUCAUAAAUACUCACACAUACAAAAAAAUCUCAGCAGACAGUUCAUUUCAGCAGAAGUCAAUCAGGUGAGGGUUAUUUUUUUGCACUGAGGCAUAUUUGCAUAGAAAGGGGCCUGUUUUGCAUCAUAUCUCAUAAAAAAAUCUGCACGACGUGUGCUGUAACACUGUUUGCUCUGCAGUGUCAUUUAUGGAGUAUUUCACCCCUUGUGCAUGCUUGUGAAUUACAUCUUGUUUUGGCGCAUUUACAGAGGUGAAGCACACGCAGAAGCUGCACAAUCCUUUUGCGAUUCAGGCCCUUAUUCACCACAGCCUCGCAGCUGCAGUUGUUAGAAUAAAAGUACCAACAAAUCAUAUUUAUUACGUUAACUGAUGAGUUACAGUCAAUGCCUGUUUCUGUCUGCGUCUCUCUCACAUCUGAGAUCAGACCAUUUAUUUCGCUUCAUCUGGUGUGUGUCUAUUUCUGAUCCAAGCAAUUUAUGUAAAAGUAGUAACAUCCAACAAAUCUGUUUAAGCCUAUAUUUCAUAUCAACUGGUAACGCUGUUAGAUGCGGCUGCAUGAUAAAGUUUUUUGUGAGCUGAUAAAAUGUCUGAAAGCUGAAGCAGUUUUUUUCAUGUUGAAGUCUUCAUCCAACCACAGGGCCGACAAACCCAGCGCACUUACUGGACUUUCAAAUUUAUGUCACUGGUGUUGAUGUGGAUCAGACUGUCAGGGCCUAAAACAGAUUAUCUGAAAUACACAAAGAUACACAAUGACAAAAUAAACUAAAUUGAACAUUUGUCCUUUUUUAUUCUUUUCUACUUUAUUUUAAUAUUUUUUAAAAAUAUUUAGUGUCUUUCUUUUUGUGAACUCUACAUCUCAUUCAUAUUGAAUAUUGAACACUUUAUGAAGUCUCCGGUACUCUUACUGUGAAGGUUAAAAUUUCUGAGAAAAUAGAUUUUCAUGCAACACUUUAUAAACUCUGCACCUAUAAAUGGUCAGUCUGAUGUGAGAUGCACAGACAGCAGCCUAAGUGUGAUAAAAAUAAACACUUUUUACAAAUGGGCAAACUCCACUGUGGGACUUCAGGCUGAUUAUUUUAACCAAUUAAAGAAGGGGAGAGUUGUUUGUCAGUGAAUAGACCUCCUCUCUCCUCUGAGCCAUGUUAAGGGCUUUGGAACAACCCUUAUCAUGACGAGUCCAUAAGUGCUCACAGUAUAGGUCAAAGAUAGACGGAUAGACGGAUAGUCAAAGACGGAGGAGACUGCAGUGACAGGCUUUGGGACCCAGGGCCUGUACCAGAUUCAGCUGUUUGUGCCGGUCUGUUUUUAAGUUUUCCUCUGACAGACUGAUGAUGAUUGGGCUCAGGAUUUAGCUGAUGCCAGCACAAGCAGUAUGCCAUUAAUUUUAAUGAAUGUUUUAUGAGGUUACACUAAUGCAGCUGUUAAAGUAACUAUACAGAGUUUCAGUUCCAGCAUAUACCACCAGUCUGUGGCUGAGGAUAGCAUCCAGCAAAGCACAUCAUCACUUUCUGUUAGAUUCUCUAUGGUUGGUGUAGAUCUGCUAUUUUUGGUGUUUCCCUUCUUUUUCCCAACACUCAUACAGUUAUUUAGUGUUAUUUGUGGUGUUUAGUGUCAAUGAAUAUGUUUGCACUUAUAUCACUCAGAUUCCCUCUUGUGCUAUGACAGCAGCUACUCUAAGCAGAAGCUGAAAUGUUUCCUUUAAUAGAGUUCUUGAAGCUUUAAUAGCUCAUAGUUCCUGAAUCAAAACAGAGAAAAGUUUCUACAGUUCUUGGAAGUGUACAAACGUCCUUGUGGUCUAAUGUUUCCUCUGAACUGUGUGUUAACUACAGUAAUAUGAUAUUUGGCUUUUGUCUCUUCUGUCCUGUCUUAGGUGUGUCUCCGUCUUCAGCACCCCUCUUCCCUUACCCGUCCUCCCCCACCGACUGUGUUGAGGCUCAUCGGGUUUGCUCCAUGGACCCUCGGUGUGAGGCGUUGUACCGGGGUUUGGAGCUGUGUGCGGCGGACGCUGCUGUGUCUUCUCUAGAUGAGCAGGUGGCUGCAGAGUGUCUGGAGAGACAGGACGCCCUGCUGUCCAGACACCCCGCUCUGCUGGCCUGCAAGUGUCAGCGCGGCCUCCGCAAAGAAGAGCAGUGUCUGCGCAUAUACUGGGGCGUUCGCCUGAUGCCAGGUCUGUCAGGGUGUGUGCGUGUGUGUGUGUGGGGGGUGAUGCAUGCAAAUCUGUGCAUGGAUUUAUCUGGGAACCUCUGUCCCUUCAUCCCUUCAGCUGGAGGUGAGGGGGGUUUAGGGGUGACUCCUGAUAGAUUUGGAGGGUGAGGUACUUCAUGGACAGGGUGAAGGUUUAUCUCAGGGCUUUAAGCUGCAUUAAAUUAAAUAUUCAUCUAAAUUAAAGGCUCAAAUAAUUUUGUUGGAUGUGACAGAGGUCACUUCUGUGAACCCACAGAGACUUAGCACCACCUCUACAGGUCGUCUGAGUUCUGUGGAGCUUUUUGCUGUCAAUUCAGACCAUUGAUCGAAGAGGCCAAACACACCUGGCUGCAGGCUCUUUAAGGGAAUAACAGCAGUCACUGUCAUGUAACAUCCAAAACACACCUUUGGACACUCAAAAGACUUCAUCCAGACUCUUUGCGCCCUGAUCUUGCGCCACUUAAAGGGACAUAUCAGUAUUUUUGGAUGCUGAUCCAUUUAACACUUUAUGUCUACACCUGAUUUUACUUUAACCAACGACAAUUUCAUCAUGUCAAACCAGACAUAGUAAAGGUGAAGUUUAGCGACAAAAGCUCACACUCAACACACACACUGACACACACUUAGGGUAACAGAAGCGUACCGGGAGAGUCAGCGUGAUGUGUGCAUCAGUAAGCGAGCUCACACUAGCCAGCGGACUCGUCCUCCCCUGUGGCCUAUUAGUCAGUCGAGCAUUAGUGUAAUUACACACUCUUCAGUUCCCAAUGCUGCUAGGCUGCUCUAGCGUGUCAUUACCAUAAAUAUAUAGCCCAGAAUAGGAUUUACAUACAUAAACACUUUACAUGCCAUUACAUUCUUGAUUAAGUUUGUUCUUUGGAGUGUGUUUAAAUAAUUUUCAGGAACAAACGGCUCAUCCACUAGUCAAUCAGCGCUCUGCUGAUGGGUUUUACAAGUGGACAAAAGCUGUCUGGGGUACAUGAAAUCACUCUGACAGGAGUCUGCAUUUUUAUCGUCAUUAUUGUGUCCUCAUUUUGGCCAUACUAAUGAGAUUCAAAUAACAAAGAACCUGCAGCGGGUUGUCUGCUGUCUUCUUACAGCUACAAUAAGAGAUCCUGGAUUGAUUUAAUACCAGUUUAUUUGGGUAAAAAUAAAAACAAGGCAUGUCAAGUGACUAAGUUUUGCAAUUAAUAUCUGCAAGAAUUUCAUUGAUAAAUUGUGGUCAAUCCAUUUUUUUACACUGUCACCAGAAACCAGAGUGUAACACAAAUUCAGGCUUUUUCUUUCUCAUUCCCAAGGACAGCCAGAAGGACAAAAGUCAGCAGUCUAAAUAUAAACAAAACUGUCUUACCUCAAUCAAAGUAAAGGAAAAAAAGACAAAUACCUUAUUUUCUAACUUUGAAACAAGAGAUCACAGAGCUGAUUGCAUUUAACACCUAACAUGCAUAGCUGGCGGUUUUUGUCUGUUCACCUCCUUAGAUUAUUUCAGCCUUGUUUUCCUUAGACGUUGGAUUGUCUUUUUGUCUCAUUAUUGUUUUCUGCUACAUUUGUUCCCUCUGACCUCCUGUGGUCCAUCUCAAACGUUUACCACAUUUGUUGCUCUUUCCUGUGUUUUUUCAGGGGAGGAUGAACUGGAAAUUUCUCCCUAUGAUGACACACUAAUGGACACUCGCAUGGCCUCCUUAGUGGCAGGUAGCAACGCACCCACGCAUGCAAGCACGCACGCACGCAAACACGCACGCACGCACAGAGUCACUCUCGAGGUCAUUGACAUGAUUGGGUAGUUUGUGUCAGUGUCCAUCACGGUCACACACAGAAUAUUUAAUGACAGACAGCUCUAUAGCUUCAGUGAAGCAGCUCAAUGAAUCACUAAAUCUUGGGCAUGUUAAUCAAUAAGUAUCAAUCAAUACAGACAUAAAAACUGCAGACCAGCUGAGGACACUCGGCUCUUUUUAUUCACUCACUCUGCUCUCUAUUUUAGCAUCUAUUUACUGCCUCAGACCUGAUAAGGACCAUGCAAAGGUUCUCCAGUACAGAAACAGCUAAAAUGAGUUGGAUUUGAACCACCUUAAGAGUCUGAUCACAGUCUGUCACUGAGCGACCGUAGUGCAGUUCACUGUUAUUGUUUUUUUUUUGAUUGGAAGGGGAGACAAAUAAUCACAACUAGUCAGGCUAUCACAUGAUAUAAAGGAGAUCGACAGACUCCCUAUGAUGGGUCCUGAUGUGUUUUUGUCUGUCUGAUUGAAUUGACUACAUUGACUGUAUAAGAGCCAACACAACAACAUCCAGUGUUUUUUUCUGGUAUAAAGCCUUAAGUUUACUACUUCGGCUAAAAAACAUUUUUCAAAAUUGUUGUUUUGAAACAGGAUUUUCAUCUUAAAAUGAGCUCACACUAUAGUUUUUACAGUAUAUUGAGACAGUCAGUAAUUGGGAAGCACUUAAGCUGUCAACUGCUGAACUUUAUUGUAAUCAUGUUAAAUUGAUGGAAAAGCUGGGGAUAAAAAAAUGACAAUCAUUGAUCCAGAAUCCUCUCUGCUACUUCCCUUUGCUGUGCACUGUCUCCAAUUAUCAAAAUCAGAAAUAUUAUUAUUAUUAACAAACACACAUAUAUAUAUUUUUUCACUAUAUCAUUUGGUGUUUAUUUUUAUUGUGCACAUCAAUGAUUUUUCCAGUUUGUGUGUGAAUACCUUAUAAUCCAUCUAUGCUGACGACUUUGUCAUUUUUCUGUCUGAUAUAAAUCCUGAUGCUAUAAAGUCUAACCUCCCCUGGGUUAGUUAUAAUGAGCUAAUCAGCUGACUAUCCACUGACUGGUUUACAGGAACAGCUUUUGUAAUUUGGAUGAAAAUCUUCUUGAUUGAAAUUCUUUUUUUCUGUUUCUAUGGGGUAUGAUCUGUUUAGAUCUGCUGUGGACUUUCUUGAGAUGCUGGUUGUGUCCUUAGUAGCAGGACUUUAGCCCAACAAUGUAAGAUCAUAACUUUAUGACACAAUCAAGGAGAUGGUUGAGCUGAUUAGUAUUAUAAAGAUAUGACAAUUGGGACUGAUAAUGGACUGAUAAUGGUGGAGAGAGGAGAGCAGGGAGGGGAGCAGAAGGAGGCAGGUGUAUGUAUCUUUGUGUCUGAAAAGCCAAGGGACAAGAUGAGAGAGAGGCUGCUGUGAUCCUGAGCGUGCACAAACGCUAACAAGCUAACAGCUGCCAGGCUAAAAAGUGAAAGGCAUCGUCUUACAAGACCAAGCUUGCAAUGAUGUUAUAAAGGACAUCAUGCGCAGUAAAAGGGUUUAAAUCCUUUUUUCUUUUUUUGUGACAGUGUAAAAAUUACUUUUCUACAAGUGAAAUCUGUCAUUUCAUUUAUUAGGUAUUAUCACCAAAAUGAAGCCAAAGCUUCCAGAGUUAAGGAAAGAAGAGCUGUUGUUUAGUUGUUCGUACAGAUGACUUUUUAGACAGACAGACAUGCUUUGGUACGCAAAGAAGGAAGGCAAAGCUGUUUUUUGACUGAUAGUUUUCAAAAAUUUUUGCGUUUUUGUGUCUUACAGAGGGUAUAAGUGUUAUGAUUGUGAGAGAUUUCAAGUCGUAGUCAUCAUGAGAUCAAUGUCAAUCAAAAAGAUCAGGACUUUGAUUUUUGCAAUAAUUGGGCAGCUCUAAACAGGGUCUCCAUUUGCAUCUCUCUUUUUGAGAUGACAUUCAUAAUCCAACUGUGACAAAUUAUGAAACUAUCAUGGCAGCACAUGACUCCGAACAUCUCUGAGACCUUCACCUGUGGUUAUUCCUCUACAUUUUUCAGCUGUCUGAAGCUGUCAGGUUUUGAGCUGUGAUGUUUUUUUUGCGUGUUGAAGUUUUCCGUCUUUGCAGCGUUCAAACACCUGCCUUUGCCUUAACUUCAUCUGACUCUUCCUCAUCCCUUUCAGCCUCAUCUUUCAUGCAGCUGGAUGGUGAGAAUCAGUGCCUGAAGGCAGCACAGGACUGUGGCUUGUAUGAGAAGUGUGGUUCUCUACGAUCAGAGUAUGUCCUGGCCUGCACAAAAAAGGUGCCAGGAACCAGCCGAUGCAACCAGCACAAGUGCCGCCGGGCCUUGAGGCGCUUCCUGGAGCGGGUGCCCGAGGAGUACAGCCUGGGCGUCCUGUUCUGCCCAUGCACCAACACGCUGUGUGGUGAGAGGAGGAGGAAAACCAUCGUACCCUCCUGCUCCUAUGAGGACAUGGGGGGUCUGCAACCAAACUGCCUCCAUUUGCAGAGCUUCUGUCGCCGGGAUGACCUCUGCAGGUAAGACAUGAAGCUGGACAGUGUUGUUCAAAAAUUUGUCAGCGGUUGUUUGAGAAAAUGAGUCUGCUAGAAACCUGACUGGAUGGUUUACGAAAGCAUUAAGAAAGCAAAGACAUGGUAGUGUAAAAUUCAAGGGUUUGAUGCAGAUGGCGUUGCGGAUAGGUUUAUUCAUCCAAUUACUCUGCUUUUGUGUGCCAUCAUUUCAGUAGAAAAGAUUGAAACAUGAUUUAAAUUGAAGGCUGUUUGAAAUUGGCACAAAAAUAUCUAGCUGCUAAAUCCAUCUGGACCCACGCAGAGGGGGAAACGGGAGGAUCUGUGGGUCAAGGGGGAAGCAAGGAUUGUAGAGUAGUUAAAAAAAGAAGGGGAAAGGUUGAAGGUUUGUGGACUAAGUAUGUCAGUACAUCUUUUCGAAACAUCAGUAUUAAAAACCCCAACACACAUGUCCAGAUUUCUCCUGUUUGAUGUCGACUUGUUGUUUGUGUCGUUGCCAGGUCCAGGCUGGCUGAUUUCCUCAACAACUGCCAGCCAUCUCCUAUGACGGCCAGCGGCUGCCUGAAAGACUCAGCAGGCCUGUGCCUCCGAGCCUACGCUGGACUCAUCGGUACGGAGGGGGAGGGAUUUCUGGGGAGGAAAGAGGGGUGAUUGAAUUAGCAAAAACAGAUGGCUGCAUUUUACCUACAACCAGGAGUUCUGGCAAAUAAUUCAGUUCAUCUGCAGGACAUUAUUGAAAUCCUGCAACAGAGGCAUUGGGCAUUUAAAUUAUGAAUCACAGUGUAAUAUUGAUUCAGAUCUCUGGGGCAAUAUCUGACACCUAACUCCGUAAAGAUAUGUCAGUAAACCAGAUAUACGGGAAAACAAAUAAAAAAAUAAAAAUAAAAAAAAAACUUUUAAAAGACAUUAAAAAACAAGGCAUUAAAAUCAAAGUUGAAUUAAAAAGAAAAAAAUAAGGUUGAGAUACAGUAAGCCAGGGGAGCCAGCAUGCUAGUUCAGCCACAGCCCUCUGCAGACGGGGUCAAAUCUGUCACUUAAAAUCAUUGAAAACUGAGAUGCAAAAAUAUCAAGUGUCAUGAGCACAAAUAGUGCCAAAACAGGAUUUCUGAAUGCAGAGGCCUAAAAUCUUCAUCAGUAGAGAAUGUACAGUGAGUAUAUGUCUUUACUCAUCACAUCCACUUUAAUGUCUGAUAUAAAACAGUUAAAAAAAAAAAAUCUUCUUUAACCUUAAUUUCAAAAUCUGCUGAAUCUCCCUUUUUAGGACUUACACUGUCAGUAACACUAGAAAUGGUCCAUUUUGAAAUCUAAAAACAGAUUGUCUUUAGUGACACAACAUCAAGUAGAGAAAUAUUUUAGAUUUUUAAAAGCAGAUACCUGUCUAUGAAGAAAAACGAAAUUGUUGUCUUAUUACCACAGAUGGGAGCAGGGUUAGGGUUUGGGUUGCCCUGCCUGCUUUUGCUCUCCAUACAGUCUGAUCAGUCAAUACAACUCGGACUACAAAUGUACUGCCACUGAAAACCUCAGAAUCUGUACACAGAAGUGGUUUUAUCCAGCACCCACAUACUCCUCAGCCGGCCCUAAAGCUCAAUGACAGGAAGACAGGUCUGGGUUCUUGCUAAAUGGCUUGUUAUCAGGAAGUGUUUCAAUGUCUGACUUCUUGUUUGAAUUUGGAGGUGGUUUUUGUUCCUUUGUUUCCCUACAAGUCUGCAACUAAACAGGAGAGGAGGGCUUUAUUAUCUACAAACAACAACAAGCAAACUAUCUACAGGGUUAAAACUCAGUAAGUGAGAGGAUGGAGACCUGAGGGAGAGUAAUGGGGCAGGAUGGAGGGUUUGUUACCAGGUGAUCAGAUGAAACAGAAAAGGAAAAGGGAAAAGAUAGGAAGUCAGGAUGCAUGACAGCUGACAAGAGAUGUGGAGAGAGGAGUGUUGAGUGGCUUUCUGCUCGCUCUGACAAUGAUGGAUGACUUUUCUACGGGCUCAGAGCUUCUUAAAGGUGCAACCUGCAUACCUCACUCUAAUCAUUUAUGAAUGUUGGGGGUUAAUUUUACUUUGACAAAAUAUUUGGGGAUUAAAGGUGCAAUAUGUAGUUUAUAUACUGUUUUAAAUCACCUCAAAGUAUCACCAGAAAUUAGGAGAACAUGCUAAAUAAAAACACUAGCAGCAGCCAACAUAUCCUCUUCAAAGGUUUGUUUCUGUUUUCAUAGACUGUUUUGAGGAGCUCCAACACAAUAGUUUAAAUGCCCCUCAGGUUUCCAGAUAUGACACUGGUUAGGGGCAAGCAAACUGGUUCUGACAUACUGGUUGCUGUUUCUACUGAGCUAAAACAAGCUCCAGCAGUUUGCUCAAAAGCUUCAGACCAGAAAAGUGGCAACAGUUCUGACUUUUUCCACUGGAAGUUUGUAAAAGCCCAAAGUCGUCUUUCAAAAAUAUUGAUAUCCAAAUGAAUUUGAGUGUUGACAGAUGCUGCCCAGAUGUCUGUAGAUUUAUUUUUCAAUCUCUGACCAGCAGGCUGGUCUUUUCUCCUAAUUUGUGCAAAGCCAGGCGAACUGACUCCUCACCUCUGCAGAAAAUUAAUCACAAAGACUUCAGAGUUUCAGUGAUUUACAGUCAGAGCGUUUUGCAGUUUUGAGCUCUUGCUUCAAAACCUAAAAUUGUGUUACACUUGUCUUUGUUACUUAAGCUUCAUCCAGGUUUUACCUUUGAGUCACAACUUGUGUUUCUUGACACAGGAAAGUGUUUGGUUGGCAAAAAGCAGAAAAAAAUUCAAUCCAAAGUGUUUUCUAAAUGUCCUUCAACUCAUUUUGGACAAACCUCAAAAUCUGGAUCUUGUUGUUCUGCAGGCUUUGUUUCAGCUUUCUUUGGAGUUUCCUCUCUUUGUUCGGUGAUGCAAUUUAGCUGACUCCAAAGUCAAACAGGCUGCAGAAUCCAGCAGGGACUUUAGUGUCUUUCUGAUGUGUUUGCAUCACUGAAUCCUCUGAAAGAGAUUUUUUAUGAAGUAAAACAUGAAGCCCCACAACAUUUUCAUGCUCUCUGCCCCCUCUGACCUGCAGGAACCAUCAUGACUCCAAACUACAUCAGUAACAGUUCUGCAGACGUGUCUCUGUGGUGUCACUGUGAGGGCAGCGGGAACCAGUGGCAGGACUGUCUGCGGCUGCAGCGCAUGUUCACACACAACAGCUGCCUGCGUGAGUCUGCACAUCUCUGUUUUACUGCUCUGUUCAUGCUCUGUGUGUCAGUCCUGCACUGCUGGCUACAGAGGAAACUUUAUCUGUCAUCUGCUGUCUCAGCCUGAAUAGACUGUGAUUUUAUGUUCUUCUUCUUCUUCUUCUUCUUCUUCUUCUUCUUCUUCUUCUUCUUCUUCUUCUUCUUCUUCUUCUUCUUCUUCUUCUUCUUCUUCUUCUUCUUCUUCUUCUUCUUCUUCUUCUUCUUCUUUUUCUUCUUCUUCUUCUUCUUCUUCUUCUUCUUCUUCUUCACAUUGGAGCUGUAAUGAGCUGUAUGAGUUUAAAACAUAAAGUGUGUCCACACUUAAAGUAUUUAGCUGUGUGAUCCAGCAGAGGGUCACCUGACCAUUAAAUGGCACUCUUGACCUCAGUGAAUUAAUAUAGCGAUGAUUUUCAACAAAAUUAACCAAAGCUGACAUGAGUGGACAGUCAUGGCACCAAAUAAAGUGGAAACAGCUGAUUUAAGUUUAAAAAACAAAGAUAAGACUGUGUGCUGACUUUUUACGAGUCAACUGUUGAACACUCCACAAAUGUACUUAUUUUGCGCAGCAUUAUUUGUGUCCCUGACAAAACCUUGCACUUAAUUCUGUCUUUACAUUAACUUCACCUGUAAUUCACUUACACAAACAAUUGUAUUUAUUAAUCUGGUCUGAACUGUAGACUGUGUGAUUACUGGAUGCAGCAUCAGUAAGUAGUCUACAGUGCAAAAGCUGUGCAAACAUUUUACAUAUCAGGCUCUUAGAAUUUUCAGUGAUUUUUGUUGAUAUUACUUCAGAUUCAAUCUGUAACAUCAACUCCUGCUGUAUAAGUAUAAUUAUGGGAAAUGUGUUUUGCUGGUAGCAGGGAAAACACAAAAGCAAAACACAUCUUGUGACAAUAUAUUUCUUAGACCAGGUUUGGAUGAUAUUUGUCCUCUAGAGGACACAGCUUAGGAUCAUUUCUCUUCAAGUGUUCAAAUAUUAAAUAUUAAUGCAAACACGUUUUACUCCAGAGAAUCGACAGUUGGGAGAGAGUCUGAUCCACAAUAGUUAUGGUUUUAUUUGUAAGAUGAAACUGAGGUAACAUGAGCAAAAAUAUGUAACACCUGUACCUUGAUUUAAAAUAAUCUAUCUAAAGAAAAACAGAGUAAACAUCAAAGAUUCUCCGAAGGACAUUUCAAAGGGAAUAGAUAAAAUCGUCUUUAUUGGGACGUCUGCUGGUUCCUUCAGGGUGGCCGACCUCCCGCAGCGGCGUGCACAGCAUGAACUGAACUGCGUGUUUUAAUGUGUCAGACGCUCUGCAUGCAGGGCUGUCUCACAGUUUGGAUCUGCAGCUUCGGGCUUCUGCAGGACUUCCAGAUAUGUGAGGGGAGCAGCCCGAGGGUAGAGCCCUGCAGCUGUCACUCAAUCACAGCAGCUGUCAAUAAGCCUGUCGAUACACACUGAGCCUGUAUGUCCAAACACUAAAGCCACAAUCGAUGCAUCAAUGCACUUCCCAUAAAGCUGGGUGAUUUAUCAACCUGCCGACAGCUCAAACAAUAAAGCUGCCACACAGAUAUGUAGGUUCACACCCACUGGGGUGCAGCAGGCAGGCCAGGCGAGCAAACACACACACAUUAACACACACUAAUGCACACACAGAGGCAGUGAUGGGCUGUGUCUCCAUGCAGGUAACUCUAUCAGCUGGAUGGGAAGCCCCGGCUCCCUGCCUGCAGACAUCACCCCCCCUCCAGCUCCCAGACCCUCCCCGCUGGUUCAGGAGGACGAGCUGCUGAGCAACAACCACCUGCCUGAACACAACAACAUUGUGAGUACACAGCAGCACACGCACUUUCAAUUACCUCUCUGACUUUGAUCCGCAGGGCUUUUCUAUUAUCUUUGGUUUGAGCUCAUCAUGUCACUGUCACACUCCCUCUCCUUUAUUUAUUCUCUUUGUUUCAUCUCCAUUGCUCAGCUUUUUUAAAAUCUGUUUUAUCAUCUUUGCUGUUCCUUAGUUUGAUUUUUAAAGGCAAAAACCUGAAAUUUUCCCUUCAGUCGUGUCAGCGUUAGAUGUCAGGACUGUAUGCACCAGUUCAUGUCACAAGUAAUUCCCAUUUUUCUCAAGACCUUGACCAGUUUGUCUUGUCAUCAACAAAGCUGGUUGUCCAGCUAUGAUCAGUUGAUUUCAUAAAUGUAAAGGUGCACAUAUUUAUCCUAAACUGUUUCGGCACAGUUUUUUUGUUUUGGUGCAGGUACAGUCUCAAUACCUAGAACAAGAACUAAAGGUCAUUCCAACCUGAGGACUGGAAUACAAUACGUUUACAUGUACAGUUAAGUCAAGUUGUGGCCAUAGCUAGGUAAUUUAACUGGGCUACUGUCUUUGUGCAAGUUUACAAGCACCAGGUAAGAAUCUAAUUAUUGAGGGAAGCAUCCCUGGCAGGUGUCAACAUGUCCCCUUUCAGCUUGUUACUAUCAGGUCAUCUCCAGGUUUACGUGUUACCAUAGACUGUAUACUAUGGACAACUUGGCUCCACCUUGUGUCAUUAUAUGAAUUUGAAGCUGAAUUGCUGUCGGUAUUUCCAAGAUUUUGUCCAGUUCCUGGAACCACCACUUGGGCAGUAGCAUUGUACGCAAUCAUCGGGAACGUUCAAACAGUGUAUCCCCCUGGUGAGCUACUUAAUCUUUGUACGCCAAUAGGCUGUAUCAAGUGUCAGUCAUAGAACGAAUGAACCCCCUAAUAACUUUUAAAAAUGGAGCUGCACAGAAAUCCUUUUGCAUUGUCAGGCUUCUCUUGAGACACCUCUUUCAUGUCAUGGCAGCCAUGGAGAUAUUUUUUUAAGAACUUGAUGUUUUUAUAUUUGUUAACAGGUUGAUGAUUACCAGGCCUAAAAUUCUGAUCAACUGUUCCAAGUUCUGCACAUUGCAGACGAGGCGUAACAGAUGCGUAAAUAUGCCUUUGGGCGUCAGUGUGUAAGAGCCUUAAAACUACAGCUGUGAGAGGUUUCCGGAGUUGGCACCAGGGCUGUCAAAAUUUCUCCAAAAUAACGUUUGAAUAUUCAUCCGAAAAAUUACACAUAAGUUUGAACAUAUUCGAUAUCUAGCUUACACAGCUUGCAUAUAACUUUAUCUCACCUAGCAUUUUUUUCUGUCUACUGUGUCUGCCCAAAAUCCGAAGAAUUUCCAAACGGAGCCUCUAAAGUUAGUUAGAGUCCAGACCACUCUCUCUGAGUUUGGCUCCUGAAAUCAUGCCACCUCUCUCUACAUGGGCCAUGGACGGUUUUUGUCAAGUCUUACUGCAGGUGCAGCUCCUGUGACCAGUUCCUGACCCGUCGUUACAGUGCACUCACUUGCAAAGCACCUGCUGUUUUGUUUUGUUUUUUUGUUUGUUUUUUAUCUUUCGUUUUUUUCUCACUCAGUUUGUCCCGCUGUGUAUUUGUAAUAUUUUUUUUACAUUCGAAUCUCGUUUGUUUUAAAUAUUCAACUAUAUACUAAAAUUUAGAAUAUUCAUUGACAGCCCUGGUUGGUACCCUCUCAUGGUACUGUUUUGACCCUGUUAUGUUUGUCUUAUGCACACUUAUUGAAAUGUCUCUGUGUUGCAGCUAUAGAAGUAAAAUUAAAAACAACUAAAGAGAUUAAUAAAGUUCUCUGAAUGUUUACAAGAAACCUUUACAGGAUGCCUGCAAACUGUUUCAAGGUAGAGGGCAUAUAUAGACACAGUAUUCAAACAUAGACAUGUGCAAAGAUUUGUUCACUUUGAAAUAUUUAUCAUAACCAAUGCAUUAUUUACAUUAAUUAAGUUCUAAAUAUUCAUUCCUGUGACCCUGAAGGCUUUUCCUGUGAGGUGGCUGCAGUCAGAAUAAACUGCUCUAUAGUCAAAGCAAUUAUUGCAAACAGGACUGCAAGCAGGAAAAUUAGAUCUGCUGUGUGUGGGGAGUCUUAUUUUGAAAGGGUGAAAUAUGUCUCUUAAAAACAAAGCCUUCUGUAAAACCUCAGUAUGAUCAGAUUAGCGAACGCCGUCAUCCUCAGGAGGAGUCUGAGUCCUUCAUCGCUGUUUGACAUCACAAAAGUGAGUCAGCGUUUGAUUGGAAGAUUAGAGGAGCAGCUCGGGGGGUCGGAGUUAUCUCAGCGUUUUGGCAAGUCUUCAAAAGAUCCUACAGAGUCUGUGAGACCCACCGGAAGCUGUUUUCAGGACCACAGGAGUCCACAUGAUAGAAAAGAUAUAUCGGAUACAGUUUGAGUUCUUCUCAGCUUUAAACAGAUGCGAGGGUUCGAGUCAACACAAUAUCAUAACUUUGCUAUUGCUGACAACAGUAUCGCCUCUGAGGGCGACAGGCAACUUUACAGUGCUCUUAGAGAAGUAGUGAAGGAGUACCUGUCGAUUGUAUAUUAACUCCUUUUGUGCCAAUGACGGAUUUGGACGGAUUUUUCAUUUUUCUUGUUUUCCACUAGAGGGCGCUCUUCCCCAACAUGCGACUAAGUUUGGGGUCGUUCUGAAUGCAGAAAAGCCGACAAAUACGUCACAGCCAUGUUUCAAUAACAAAAGCAAGUACUUGCCAGUGACAAGUGCGCCAUCAAGUGUGCCAGUUAGCCUAGUUGUGGAGUGUUUUUUCUCUAUGAGGAGAGUAGUCAUUAGCCAAGAGCAAACAGUCUCGGGACAUUGGCUCCCGUGGCCGCGGUGCUACUGUCUCUGGAUCCAGUGGAGAUCCUGGUACCAGACCUUCACAUCGUCAGCAGACAAUAAAGGAAACAAUUUUCCGGCGUGUUGCUGUGCCAUUGGUGCCAGUACUGGUGUACAGCAGAAUUCAACGACAGUCCCGUCGAGGAGGAUGCGAGCAGUCCGUGUGGUCUACGUCACUGCAUGAGGUUCUCCCAGCUGCCACAAAGUGACCUAUCACGAUCAGAUCUUGAGAGUGAUAAGGAGGGGUGCCUGAGGAGGGUGGAUCUUGAUGCCACUUGUAAAGUAGUUUGAAGUAAAAUGACACAGGCGGUCAGAGUUCUGCUUGAAAGUUUCUCCUUGGUAAAAAUGUGUUUUACCUAGGUGUCUUUUUCCUGUUUGCAAAGACGAUAUGACCACGCUGCAUUGAGCAGGCAAUAACUAAACACAGGAGUGGGUUAUAGACUAACUUUUUUUCUGGUGAAAUAAGAAAAUCACCCCUUUCUUGUGAGAAAUUGCACUUAAUUCAAGUCCAAGCACAAGAUAUUCUGUGGGUCCUGAAAGAUACAGAAAUUUAUAUUGUGGUCAAUGGUGGCACUGGGUGAAAAUUGCAUAAAUGAAUCUGGCACUGAAUGAGUAAAUUUAAUGGUUGUUAAAUCAUGACCAGGUCAAGGUCAAGUCUGUUGUGAGCAGAUAGUAGCCCAUAAAGCCUUGACUCUGUUAGGUCAUUUACUCUGUGACAUCUUCUUUCAUUGGUCUCUUUGCAGAGAGAUGCUUAGGAGACUUGAUCUCAGCUCUCUCUUUAGCCCUAAGCAAUUUGCAGUUAGAUGAUUAUCGCCCAACAUCACACUAGUAGUUCGUGAAGUAGUUAGCCGUAAGAUGGCAGCAGGCUAAGGUUACUCUGGAAAUCAAUUUGGGGUUCAAAUAUGCUUGUAAGAGUCAUCGAUACCCAAAAGCUGAGGUCAUUAUUUAAGCAGUCUUUUCCCUCCACCAGCAUGACCCUCGCAACUCCAGAGGAAUCAUUAAUAUAACAAGUGUGCACUUGUUUAUUCAGCAACAUGCACACUGCACAGUGAAAUCCCCGUUUGCUGAUAUUUUAACAAUUUGUACUCAUUUCACAUUUUUUUUCUCAUGUUCGUCUUUCUGCUGCUCAUAUGUUGACAGUGUCCUGACUCCAGACAUUCAGAGUCAAAUCUGUUUUUAGUCUUUAACUCUACAGAAAGCAGGAUUUUCUCCUGUCUGUCAUAUGAAAGCUAACCCAGACUGGAACAAAAUCAGUCACUUGUGGUUUUAUCCAUUGUCAAAACAUUUUAAGAAAAUAAUCAGCUCAGCAUUUCUGAUGCUUGUACUAGACUCCUGUUACAGACUGUGGUCUAAAGGUCUGUUUUCUACUCUUUUUUAGUCAACAUGAUACUUUUUUUUUUCUUUUAGUGGUGAGUUUUGUCUAAAAAAGUAAUAUCAGAUUUUCACCAAAACAGUCAGUCAGUUGUUUAAAUGUUUUUUUCUGUCUUGCAUCGAGGCUACUUUAUUCCCUGCAUUGUAAAUUUGUGCUUGUUGUGGAAAAAUGCUUGUAGUAUGCAGCAAAUCAAUGCACAGGAGACAGGAAGAGAUCUGAAGAGCAGCCUGGGCAUUUUGAUUGUCCAGAUACAGAAAUCAGUUCAAUUGACACACAGAGUCUAGACCAAAAUCAUCAGAGGAACUCUCCUUUCUUUUUGUGCUGCCAAGUGUGUUUGUGAACAUAAUAGAUGUGUGUUACACAUGUAAACCUCUUUAAGUGUGUUGCAAGUGUGAGGCUCUUUUAGUGUGUUUUACAUGAGCAAGUCUCAUCCUGCCUUAUAACCAGAAGCCUGGGAGGUGAGCCAAGGACACACCACAUUGUCUUAAAAUCAACUGAACAUUAAUACUUCUGGGAACACUCAACGUAGCUUUCCCGGCAACCAUCAAGGUCAACACGACCUUGACAAUCAGGGAUACUCAGGCUGACCUCACAGUUGUUUACAAGACUUAUCCUCCAAAAUAUCUGAACCUAUUAUAAAGCAUUAACAAGAAUACCCAUGAUUCCCACAGCAUGCUUUUACUUUGAGGUGUACUACGUUUGGUAGAUCUUAAAGGGAUAUUCUGGCGUAAAAUUAAUUUAGGGUCAAACACAUUGUAACCACAAGUUAGACUACCCCCCUAAGAGAUGAAUGUUGCUGACUGUUUGCUUCUCUAGUUAUACCAACUUUAGUAAUGACCACACAAUAGCAAUACACAGCAGUCUGAGGAGCCACACACAAGCCUCAACCAAAAUGCCACAAAUAUUGCUCAGAACAGCACCUAACUUCAUCAACAGUACAUAUAGGGUCCCAGCCAUAGUACCAGCCACCAAACAUCUUUUUAGCUUUGCCUGACUUCUUUAGCAAGGAGACUAAACAUAACUCACCUACUUUCUUACAGUAGCCACUUGUUUGUAGCGUGACCUCGGGUCAGUCCAUUACAGACUACAGCAGGGUGACGCAGCUUAAGGAAGAACAUUUAUGAUCAUUUCUUCAUGGAAAUGCAAGGCGUCUGUAGUGCAAAAGGAUUAAUAUGGUGAUUAUUACUUCAAGGAAAUGAUAAAGAAAUGAUCAUAAAUGUUCUUCCUUGAGCUGCGUCACCCUGCUGUAGUCUGUAAUGGACUGGCCCGAGCCAGGUGCUGUUAGGUGCUGUUCUGAGCAUUAUUUGUGGCUAUAGAGUGGCUUUUUGGUUGAGGUUUGCAGGUUGGCUCCUUAGACUGCUCUGUAUUGCUAUCAUUACUAAAGUUGGUAUAACUAGAAAAGCAAGCGGUCGGCAACAUUCAUCUCUCGAGGGGGUGUCUAACUCGUGUUACGGUGUGUUUGACCCUAAAUUAAUGUUAUGCUAGAAUAUUCCUUUAACUAAAAGAACUGAAAGAAAAUAAGUGGAAAUGUUUUUAGAUUUACAAUAAAUCUACGAACGUCACUUUUGAAAAAGGGCCACGUCAUCUUUUUGCUAUAGCUAGCUCACUGGUAGCUGCUGCGCACAGUUUUACCAUUUUUCACCUGAUAUCUAUGUACAUUAUGUUUAAAAACAGUUAUUGUCAUCACUGGUAUUUUGUGGCAGCCCUUCUCCAAACUUUUCUGAAGAUAAGAUGUUCCUUUAACAGUUCCACGGGGGGAAUUCCCCAAAAAAUGAAAUGCAGUUUACAGGCAGUAAAGGCACAAUGAAGAUUUUCUUUCAGAUAUGAAGGAUGCGGGGUCUUGAAGACACUCCUCCAUAUCUGGCUGACAAACACGUCAAUUUUUACAACUACAGUCUCACUCCCCACCCAUCAGGCCCCACCGUCUGUAGCACCCACACGGUUCUGGUCCUACAGCAUUUGAGAUCCUUCCUGGCAGUUUACGUGUUGGUCUGCCAGCUCGGUAAUAUGCAGGCACUAACACACACACACACACAUAUGUCCAAAUCCUGGCUGUCCUUGUCCGGCACUGACCGUUAAACAUGGUCCAAUUCAAUCCCGGUCCUGGCUACUGUAACCUUGGCCGGACCGCAAUCUGCCGUGGCUGUGGCUCCUCAGCUCCCAGCAUGCCUCACUGCCAGAGAUAAUCUGGGCCGCCAGACAAGCGGGGAUUCCAUCUCUCUCUCUCUCUCAGCCUCUCUGUGUCUCUCUCCCAGUGAGCGGAUUAGAUGAGGUGUUGGUUGGAAGCGGUGCAUCAGUCAGGCUUCAUUAGUAUGAAUUUAUUCAUGCCCAUAUGUCUCCCCCCUUUCUCUACCUUCCCCAAAUCCCCUCUUCCCACCUUCUCUCCUCUCCUCUCAUCUCCUCACUUCCUCCAUCCUUAAUUUUCAUCCUCUCCCAUGCUGUUUACUUUCUGCUCUCACUUUAUCCAUUCCUCUCUCUCCAUCUGUACCUGCUCCAUACCUCCUCAUCUGUCCGUCACUCAGCCUCCUGUCUUGUCUUCCUGAGGAGCUUUGGCUUGUUUCUCUAAAGUGAUUUUUCCAGAAUUUGAAAGGUUUCACUUCAAAAAGCCGAGGAUGGGCUCAGAGAGAGAGGAAAGAAGAAGUGUCGCGCUCAGAAACACAGAUUACUGCUCUUUGUUUGAAAUGUUUCCUUUCCACAAGGGAUGCAUUAAAAAUAGAGUGAGGCAGGGUUUGAACCACAAAACUCUUCACUUUAUCUUGUUUACAUUUAUUUAUGAUACUCUGCUCAUUAGCUGAAGCCGAUCACAGAGCACAUGGCACUUUCAUAAUUGUAUGGGUGGAAAAGCAGCCUUUUAUUCUCUGUUGUAGUUCUCUUUUUACUAUUUUGAUGCACAUCAAAGAGAAAUACUGUGUAUAGAAAUUUGAUGAUACAUCACACCUGAACAUGAGUUCAGCAUGACAGGGAAAAACUCAAGCGGUAAACAGAAAUAUAUCACAAAAAUGUACCAGAUCAGUCCAUUCAUCUACAGUGAUGAUUUCUUGGUUCAGGACUUUUCACACACCAACAACUAUAUUCGAACUAGAUAUUUCUCCUUCUUUCUUAAUCGACGUUCUCAUGUUUCAUCUGUAUUCUCUGCUGUUAAGUUUAGUUGCUAUUGGUGUAACGAUUAAUUUUAACAACAAAUUGAUCAGUAUCAUGAUUUGUGGUUGGCGAUUCAAUUCGAUUCAAGGAUGAUAUUGAGUCAUUUAAAAUGAUACAAUUCGAAACAAUUCAGUAACUGGAAAUCAAUUCAGUAACUUUUUAGCCAAAAAUUCCACCAAGUUGAAUUAACAUAAGAUUAACCUUUUCUAUUCUAAAUUUAAAUAUUCAAUAAUAACAGCAGAUUUUCCUGCUACUUCUGCUCUUGUUUUUCAGCAUAGAAAUAAUACAGUGGUGGCUUGAUAAUUCUAGCUCGCCAACUUCUCCUCCACCGUCUGCCAUGCUAUGUUUUGUUGUCUGCUGGCGUGUGGUGAUGACACGGUACAGUACACAGACAGUAACGCUUCACUUCUUUAUCAUAAUAAUAAUAAAAAAACACAUUCAUGUACAGCCUGCCGUGCUUCAAUUUUGGGUUAUUUCCUUGUAUCGAUACAAUCAAUUUAUUGAUAUAUGUUGUCCGGUAGACCAACUUGCCGAACACAGAUCGAUGUAGUUGGAUCAUAGGAAUAUAUAUCCAUACAUUGAUGUUGUAGAUGAAUCCUUGCUAGUAGCUACAUAUGAGUGAUGUGAGUCUGUCCCUUCUAUUUUGCAAGCUCUUGGUUUUGUAACGUCAGCAAUUACCAUCCUGAUGUGAGGCUUCUCUACUAAAGGAAUCAGGACUUCAACUUUUUGAAUCAGGAACAGGACCUCACUGUUGUUCACUGCUCAGUUUCCUGGUACUUCCACUGCAGUAGUCGUUUCUCUUUCAUGCCUCCCCUUUGCCAGUUCAGUGUUGGUAUGUUUUACUGAACAUGUUAAGUAAACACUCUUCACGUUGCCAUGUUUAAACUAGUAGAUUCUUCAUUUCUGAUGUCUGUGCUUCGUGUUUACUACUGCUGCUGCUACAGCUGCAUUUGUCAUGCCCUUGUCUUCCUUCAAUCAUCUUGCCUUCUGAUUGGCUAUUGUGUUCUUCCAGGAUAUUCUGACAAGAUGAUGUUUAAAAACCAGCUGAUAAUCUUGCCUUUGCUGAUUUAAGUCUGAAGGGGAAUCGACCCCAGAAUCGGCACAGUUAUCUUGUAGUGUGCGCCCACUCUAAGGGUUUCUAUUGUUCCUCCAGUUAAGUCCUGCUCACCAAGAAAGUGUCAUACUGGUUUAUGGGGUUAAUUACCUCUUGAUACACAUUUCAUAGAUAUUAGCAACAACACUUUAACUCUGUUUUUUACUCACUAGAUCUUAAAAUUCCUGUUUGUGUUAUGUUGUUUGUAUUUAAGUGUGAACUUUUUUCAAAAUAAUGAUUUUUUUCUUUUGUUUUGUUCUAAUAAAGUAGUGUCACUAACUGUAAAACUGUUUUUAAAAGUACCAGUAUUUUAUCAACUAAUUUAUUUUAAAAUGUUUGCUGUCACCCAUUCCUAUAGAUGAGGUCCAUAAAUAUUAAUGCUUUUACAUAUUAGGGAUUCAUAUAAAAUCUUAAUUUAAGGUGAAAUGUGAUCUACGACGUGUCACAACUUUAUGUGGUGUUGCAGCAAAAUAAAACAAACAUUUAUGCUAAAAUACUGUUAAAAUGAGUGUGCUGGAGCUCAGGGACCCACAAGUUUUAUUCACUUCACUGAUUCUCGAGGAUGCACUCACAGUUUCUUCAGGUUAUUUCUGUCCUCCGAUGUGUUACAGACUGAGGAGAUAAGAGGAAAGGUCAUGAGCCUUUAAAAUAACAGGCAGUGAUUUAGAAUAAAUGUGUAGGCUGGAGGAGAGUUAAAACCCAUUCAGACUGUGGUCUCUGUUCUGGCUGGGAUAGUCCGUACACAAAAAUGAUCAGAAUCCAUUUCACACUAAUGGAUAAAAUCAUCGUCUCGUUGCUCUGUCAUAAAUUUAGGAAACUCUGGCAGUGAUGUGUUUCUGUACCCUGAAGCAGGAAAAGUUGACUGUUUAAAGCUUCUGCAACUGUCAGAAGAGAUGAUGAAAAGUCAAAAUAAAAGUCAAAAAAUGUGAACACUCAGACAGGAGCUGCUAUCAGAGGCAGUAUUUCACAGAAAUGAUGGAGCAGUGUGCCGUUAUCAGAAGAAGAACAAUCUGCAAACUAUCACCCAGCAGCAGCCCAGGGCUCCUCCAGAUGUUUCUGCAUCUCAUGGAGAAUAAACAGCUGGGUGUCUCCAGCUCUCAACGCCAAUAAAAACAGCACUCAGUCAUUUUCAUCAAGAGCUUCAAAGUUUAAAAUUAAGACUCCUCUGAAUCAAAUUAACUCGUAUUCAACGUACCAUAUAUUGUCACAAGCAAAACACACGAUUUCAACAAAGAAGCAGGAUUAUACAGGCAGUCUUCAGAUCUUUGUUCAUUACAUAUUUAUUCAGAUAUCGUUUAAAAAAAAAAAAAAAAGACAAAGAGCCAACGUGCAUUACCCUUCUGCCUCCUAAAGCAUUUGCUUUUUGUUCAGGCCCGAUAACACACUGGCCUACUGCUCAGUUAAGCAUAAUCUUGUGGUUUCAGGUUGCAUUGGCCUUGGUUUAUUUUAGCAUUAUCCUUUGGCCCAAAAUAGUAUUACAGUUUGGCUCCAUACGGAGUUAUCUUUUGGCUCAAUGAAGCAUUUGCAUUAGGACCCCAUUAAUACAUUAGGCCAAAGCUCAAUUUUGAAUGAUGGUGUGGCUCCGUGUUGCAUUUGUUUUGGCUCUUUUUAGCUUCAUCCUUUGGCCCCUAAAUAGCACGAGUCUUGGCUGCAUAUAGCAUUAUCUUUUGGUCCAUAUAACAUCAGACUUUGACUCCAUUUAUAGCAUUAUCAAUUGGCUGUAUACACUAUUAUUGUAUUGCCUCAUUAAGCAUUAGCAAUUGUCUCCAUAUAGCAUUAGUUUUUGCCUCGAUAUAUCAUUAUCCUUUGGCUUUACAUUGCACUAUCCUUUUCCUCCUUUUUGCCUUAUCCUUUGGCUUCCUAUAGCAUUAGCGUUUUGCUCUGCAGACCCUUUUAGAGAGAUAUUAGCAGUUGUCAAAAAGAAGCAAACCUUCUUCACAGGGUGGAAGACGACAUAGGAAAACAUAAAAUGUCAUCUUUUAAAGGUUUUGGCACCAAAACAGAAGAAGUAACAUUUAGGGUUCUAUUUUCAUGCCUCACCAGCGUGGGUGGCACAGGCGUGGCUUAAGUCAGGUCUGCCAUGCCGAUGAGGCCUGGCACACUUUGGUAUUUUGGUGAGCGGCGCAGCCCGGCGUAAGUAUCCCCUCUCCCUAACUCAGCUCCUUCCAGCAACGUAAGUUGGAAAGAGUGAGGGGAGCUGGCGUGAAGUGGGUUUAACACAGCCGAGUCCUGUUUUCACCAAUCACAUCAGCUCCUCUCCUCACCUUUACAUCCGCCACCAGCGAGGCAUAUUACAAUUUUCGUGAAGUAGUUGAAGAGUUCAAGAGAUGUCUGAAGACAGCAACGAGUGUUGCUGUAAGCGCUGCGGAGGGCGUCCUCCAAAAAGAAGCCUGGAAAGACUGUUUAUUAUUUGUCCUCUUUUUGUGUGAUUACCAAUAGCCCCAAAUAUGAAAGAGUUUUCAGAGUUUGUUUUCACAGCAGCAUAGUGGAUAUGUCUGGCAAUAUUGUAUAGCUCCUGAAGAUCAUUUAUCAACAGGCUGAAUAUCAACAUGCAGAGCAGGCUCCAAAAAGAUUCACAGGAAUGUAGUCAUAUGGAUAAAGUGAAACUCCAAAUGUGUAAUUACUGUAAAAAGACAACUUAAUAGAAAAAAAAUACAUCCGACUCAGCGAUUAGUUUUACCAUUCAUAGUAAAAUUGAGACUCACCAUUAAAGUAUUGUUUUUUUUUCGUCUUCUCUGAAAACCUCCCUGAUGGUUUUGUCUCACCCUGUGUCACCCCCUUAAGGUGGUGGAGAGUGAGGAAGAGGAGGAGCUGACUCAGACAGAAGAGGAGAGCAACGAAGGCGGUCAGUUUGACGUCAUCCCGCUGUACUCAGAGAGGGCCACCGUCUCUAACCUGGGCUCCACUGGCACCGGGGGCGCUGCUUCACUCCCCACCAGCCCUCCUGCACCUGUCCUGCUUCUCCUGUUGCUCCUGAGCGUCUCCUUCAGCUGGGGUUAGAUGAAGGAUGUAAAAAGAAGACACACACUCACACAUACACACAUAUAAACAUGCACAUGCACACUAUUACAUACUAUGGACCUGCCAGAAAUCCUGGACUGAUGGCUAUGACAUGACUGGAAGCUAAGUGAAGAAAAGGACUUCACAUUUAGUCAGUAGCAUCCCCUUGAUUCCUCACUUCUGUCCUUGCUCCCUUCUUUCCUUCUUUGAAAAUGGCACUUUGUUCAAUGCUGUUUGUCUGCAGCUGCAGUGAUUUGUAAAUGUCCUGGAGGCUCAGAGGACCAGGUCAGAGUCUGGGUGUUCACAUGCAGCCAUUAACCAAGAGUAAAAGCUGUCAUAGAUGUAGAUUCAGACGGAUUUCAAAUCAGAAAAUAUGAUGACUAAAAACAUCUAAAGCUGAAGAAGGAGAACGGUGACGAUGUUUGCACAUCCGUUGGUUUACAUGCAGCUUUUUUAGUAAUGCAAAAACGGACAUUUUAGAGCUGUUUUAAAGCUAAGGCUGCAGAUAUACUUGCUGUUAACUAAAUGUAUUUGAAUGUAUGAUGGCUGCCUCAUGUCCCUAGUGUAUGUUUGGUGCAAAUUCUCAAAAGUUGACAUGGCGUAGAUGCAAGCUACAGUAUGUAACAGCAGAAGGACAAUGAGGGAGCAGAGGGGAGUUAACGCAGCAACAACUGGAGAAAGUUUAGAAGUGAAGCUGUUGACAAAGUUACAAACACGCUGGUCAAGAUAACUCAAAAGAGAUCAAAUAUUACAAGUCGAAGUUCAAUCUGCAGAACCAAAUGAUAAGUCUAAGUUUAAGGAAAAUGUUGGAAAUACUGAGCUGGUGUCACUGAUUGGGUCAUUUGACCCAGAAUCAACAUGACAGUAACCCCUAUGACUCCUGUCAUGCAUCUUGCAAACCUCCCCCAUCAGUUUUUGUGAGUAUUUGCAAACAUAUGCAACUGGAACCAAUUUUAUCCUGAGUGUUUUUCCUGCUGUGUCAGAUACACAGACCCAAUCACAGCCCUUCUCUAAAAAUGGGACAAAGGAGCGCCACUUCAGUGUAUUCGUACACAGCCAAGAUGGCAGCUCCCAUCCCUGUAAGGUUGAGUCCACUAUUGUGGUUGUUUUCAACCAAGGGAUGUAUUUUCAUAGCAAAGGAGUGGAAGUCUCAAAAGGUUGAAACUCCAGCAGCAUUUGUAGUCAAGGAACAACUUUCAGGUCGAAGCCCUUAUCAGGGUUAUUGUACAGCAUACAACAAACCAGGGACACAUUAAAAUACAGGAAAAUUUAAAGGUCAGAAACAGCCAAUUUCAUGCGUCCACAUACAUGUGGGCCAACUACAGUGUGUGGUGUUUAUCCAUUACAAGUACAAGCAACAGCACAUACAGAGUUCAUUGUUGAGAAAAGUGUGUUUCUUCUUUUGCAUGCCUCUGUCUGUUUAUGUUUCUGUUGCUAUGCGCUUCGUCACAUGCUGCGUAAAUCUUAUUGAAUGUAGGCGACACCUCCACAUGCAUGUAAGCAUUACUAAUGACUGGAAAUAUGGAACGAAAUAAAGGAUCCUGGACCCAUUCACUUUAGUACUUAAAAUGGUUUUUACCGGUCUAAAUAGUCUUGCCAUUAAGAGUCAUUAUUAAUUCAUGAUUAAUUUGCCCUAUCUUUACCCUUAACGGCAAAUAUCUUCCUGGAGAAGAAACAACGGUUUUCUGAAGUUUCCAUUGCUUGUCACUCUGUAGUACAGAGAGCUGAAGACAUAUCAGGUUUUAUGAGACAAUUGGAGGACAGGAGAGGUUUUUUCCUAGCUUGCUAUGAUAGUUCAGAUACAGUACAUCUGUCUAGUUCUGACAUUAUGUGUAUCCCUCUUAGACAUACAUUCGGACAUCUAGAGGAAAGGCGUAUCGUGCAGUUAAGUACUGCAUGUGUGCAGUUAUGUUCAAGACUGAGUCGGUUGUUUGUGGGAAUUCAAAGUUGUUGAAAGCAAGUAUAUUUCCAGCCUAAGAUGUGAAAUAAAGACGUUCAAAAAUUUGUCUUUAAGUUUUUGCUUUUAGGCGACAGCUGAUUGGAAAUGUGACCGUAAAGGACCAGAUAGUGAACUCUGUGCUUAGAUGUGAACACCCACAUUUACAGGACAGCCAUACAGCUGCAGCCAGACCUUAUUGUUGUUUUGUUUGUUUGUUUGUUUGUUUGUUUAACUUAUGAAUGAAGGCUGGUUCUGUCCCAUUGGUUGCAUCUCACCUGUCUGUGUCUGUGUCUGGAGGUGAGGAUGGCGCUGACAGUCCACAUAUCCACCAAACUUUAUCACAGUGAUGAAUGGAGCGAUCCUCUUCCUCCUGCCACCGCCGCUCUGAAUGACAAACGACACACUUGUCUCUCAUUGUUUAAUGAACAUCAAGUGCCAAGUGUGUCGAGUUUGUGUGUUUGUGUGUGUGCAGGGAUCAGGCGGGGAUUGCAAAGAAAAUUGAGUAAAGCUUUUUGUCAUAAUUUGAGUCUUGCACUUCAUCGUUCCCACCCACGUCAGCACAGCCACACAAACUGAACACACACACACAGAAGCACACACACACAUUAGCACACAUACUGCCUGCCGAUGCAGCUCUUUCUUGCUUUAUUGCUUUAUCCCCGUCCCUAUCUCGCUCCCCGGUGACUCAGGGACCGGGACCUGCGCCGCCACAGGCAGCGAUAUGAAUAAAGCCGUCAUAAUAAAAACAACACACCAGAAACAAUAUGAGCUCUAAAAUGGCAGAACAAAUCAAAUAGCUCCCCAGCAGGCAAAAAAAAAAAAAAAGAAAGAAAGAAACACACACACACGCGCUACUUCUGACAGCGACACAGAGACAAAAUGAAAAGAGUUGGAGAAGGAGUCGGAGGGAAAGAUUUAUGGAGGAGAAAUUAGGGGAAAAAAUAAGGCCAAGUCCCUGUGUGGUCUUUGUGCGUUUGAUGUUUUACUUGUUUUUAGUUGCCUGGCUGAUAAUCAGUCCCUGACAACAUCUCUUUAUCAUCUGACAGGCUCCUGGGGGGGAGCACUCAGAGUGUGUGUGUGUGUGUGUGUGUGUGUGUGUGUGUGUGUUUGAGGAGGGGGGGCAUCAGGCAGUGAUAGAAAUAGCGCACUAUAGCGAGAGCAGAAAGGACCCUGGAGCACAAACACAGCAGAGAGAAUCGCCCGCUCUUGAUUUUCUAUGUCUUAUAAAUCUUUUGCUGACACUAAUUUUUUUUCCUAUUUCUCGUGAGCACGUAAAAUUAACUUCCAUCUGCAGGGGCACCGUGAUGGUGGAGGGCAAGGAGACAGAGGAGAGAGAGAGAGAGAGGAAGGGAGGAACGAGAAGGAGGGGGACGAGUGAGCAGAUAAGAAGUAGAACAAACAAUGAGUGGAGGAAAAAGAAAAGAGAGAAGGGGAUGAAAAUGGACUUCAGCUGGGAGUUGAAGGAUAGAAAAAAAGGAUGAUGGAGCUGGAGGGAGACCAGAAGGAGGAAAUGUGGGAACAGAGGGAAGAAAUAACGAAUGACAACAUUAAGAGGAGACACAUACACAUUUCCUACAAAGUUAUUGGGUCCUGGUUUAGGACUGCUUUUCCAUCAAUAUGUCACUACAUACAGAACGUCACUGAACACAUUUUCCUUUUUCCCGACUGGCUUGCUGCAGAGUUUGCAAACACAAAUAAUCAAAUUGGUCGAAUAAAAGAUGGAUUUGUCCCCUUGAAAUAUAAAGAAAGUCUGUGAUUGUUUUAAAAUCUUUUCAUUGUAUGUCUGAGAUGACAAAGUGAAUAACCUGAUGAUUGAGUAUCUCACAUUUAGGGAACUGAUCCACAGAGAACAAAGUCAAACAAACAGUGAAACAUCACAGGAAGACACUUCUCUGUUGAUUUAAAAAGAUAAGAGAAAAGGGUCAAAAAGGUGACUCUCACACUGGAGGAACAAGGAGGAUUAAUGGUCAGCUGAAGUGCAGUAAAGCAAAGCAACGUAUCAAUCAGCAUCCCCAAAAUCUGAACAGGAUAAAGAAUUCAUGCUAACGCUGAAAGAUUAUUGUUGGAGCAGCAACAAAAAAUGAAGUAUUUUCUCUGUCUUUUCCAGAAUGUUACACAGUUUUACAAAAACAAAUACAAUAUAGACUGUAGUUUGUAGACAGCUCUACAUGUCUGGAAACACAAAUCAAUUAAAAGACGUCUCUGUCCUCCUCCUCCUCCCCUCCAUUGGUGUUACAGGAUGGACAACACACUGUAUAAUAACUGCAGAAUAUGUCGGUGAUGUAGAAGCCUAUUGGUAUAGUGGUCACCAUAUUGGUAAUGCUGACUCAACCUAGCAAAGGUGGGCCUUCUAGCUACAAUGUGCCCAGUUGUCAGUCAAGUCAGCUAUUCCUCUGAUUGGCUAAAACCUUCAUAUCUUCAAAAUGGAUUUGUUAUAUGAAAAAUAAAAAUGUGGGUUCCAUGGGAGCCCUGAUCUGUUCAGACCAAAACUGUUUAGAAGUCAGUUCAUAAGUUCACUUUUGCUCCAAACUCAGUGUGAAUGUGGUUUCUAGCACUCUACAGCCAGCCUUUAGUGGAGACUCAUUUCUCAUGUUGCUGCACGGGCUCGGACUCACUAUUUGGAAGAAGAAAAACAGAGAAAAUGCAAGAUGAGGAAGGGACACAAUAGAUGGAAAGAUAAGAAUAAGAAAAGGAAGGGAAGGAUUUAAAAGUAAAGACACAAAGAGCAAGAACAAAAAAAAGGGGAAGAAGAGAGUGUAGGAGGAGGAAAACUGACAAGGGAAAACAGCCUGGAGAUGGAGGAUGGGUUCAGGAAUGAAGGAGGGAAAGAAGGAAAGGCUGGAAGAAAGCAGAAGAAGAGGGAAAUAGGAAAAGAGAAAAGGAAAAGGAUGCAAAAAGAAGAGGAGGAUACCAUAGGUGAGGAAAGGACAUUGCAGAAAAGAAAAGUUGUAUAAAAACAAAGUUUGAUGAGAACGAGAAGAGGGAAAGUUUAGGAGAAAAAAAGAAGGGAAGAGAAGACAGAAGGAUGAAAAGAUGGAGAAUAAAAAUCUAAGAGAGAGAAAAUGAGAAAGGAAACCUGGAGAGAGGGAAAAAGGAAUAAACGUGGAUAACAGAGAGGAUUCAGUGAGAGAAGGAAGGAUGAAAAAGGAAAGAGGGAAGGGAAAAGAAGAAAAGAGGAGGAGAGGAGGAUGCAGAAAGCAAAGGAUGGAUAAAGGAAGUAAAGGAGGUACCACCGAGGAUUCAAACUACAAAGAGAAUGAAGGGAUGAGCAGAGAGGAAGAGACGCAGAGACAGGGAGAGAGAGAGAGGUGACAGGUCUGCAGUGUACCUGAACCUCUCCCUCUCUUUCUACAGGAGCUGCUGUAAUACACAACUGCACACACACAAAGACACACACACACACACAAACAUACACACUGAGCACAGCCCUCAGACAAAGCGUGUGUCAGUCAGAGAAACAGCGAUAAGACGGUGAGUAAAGCUCUGCCGGCUCACCUGAGAUACCUCACCUCUGUGUCAGACUGUGAAGGAAACAGUGAGGCUCUGUGAGGAAGAGGAAGAGGAGGAGGAGGAGUGUGGCACAGUGUUAACUAAGAGUCACAAACAACAAUCUGUAAUCAGCGUAAUCUAACCCGCUGAUUACAAUGAAACAUUCAUCCUCUCUAAUGACGCCAAACGUCUCCAUAAGCUGUUUUCAUUAAGACGAGAAUCAUCCCGCAGACGCAGGUUAUGACCGAUUUGGAAAAGGUGAACAAACUUACUGUGUGACGAUGAAGAGUCACUCUUUGAGGAGCUAAAUUUAGAGUCUAAAUGAUGAAGAGAUAACAGGACUGUUACUUUUUAAAACCUUUUUCAAAACUAAGUUUAAAUAAAUACCCCGCACAUCAAAUCUCUUCAUUUGACAGUUUUCUGAACAGUAAUCACUUUCAGAAAUCAACCAAUCACUUUAAAUAAAAACACUGUACUGUAAAGAAUUUUUUUGAGGUUAUAACAACCUCAAAAAAAUGUUUUUAAAUGACUGUUCACCUGAACUACCAAGAUUGAGUGCAGCUCUUCUUUAAAUAUGACCUGUCAUUACAAACUCAGUGGUGCUUUAUGCAGCCCUGUUCUUGUCUUUGAGUUUGCUGUCUGUGUUGCCCAAAACACUUCCAAAAGGAAAUUAUAAGAUGUUUUGGUGUCGUAACUGUUUUGCCAAAUGUCCAGGAGACUUGAGCAUGUGGUCUGGCCCACAUGUGUGAGGACAAAAGAGCAGAAGUAUUUUUGGUUGGAAGUUGUAUCAAUGUUUUUUAUAAGCCAAAUGUCCGCCAGUCUAUAGGAUUUUUACAGGAAUCCUUGAGUUAGAUCAACAAUUUUCAACACAUUUUUAAUGAUUUUACUAACAAACUUUGAGACCUGAACGUCGUUUCAACCUGUCACUUGUUGCAUCUACAGCACAUUUUCACUUUUUUUUUUUUUUUUCCUGUGGUGUGAUAGAAUUCAAACAAAAUCAUUCAGGCCUUAUUUGGCUCUGCUAUGUUUUUGUGUCUCUCUGUUUGGAUUGUUUUCUACUGCUCAACAUCAAUUCUUCUUUAUUAUCCACAUUAUUGCACCCUAAAAUGGUUUGACCUUUUUGAGACCACGCCAAAUCAAUCAGAAGUUCCCACAGCUCAGAUUUAUGAUGACUGGAAGACGCUGACUAACUUUGACAAAUAAAAACAAAUUAAGUACCAAUCAAUUCUUAGAGUGUAAAGUCACAUCCAUUUGAGUUUUCAUCGGAUCAUCAGUGAUGUAUUAUUAGCAAAUCAUGAUCAAAGAAAAAACAAGGUUGAUGUUGAUUGUUUGUUGUCACUCUUUACACUGGUUAUGACAUCCAAAAAUAGUGAUUAUCAUAAUAGAAAUGCUGACACUAACUAAACAAAAUCUAGAAACAUGCAAAGAGACGACACUGAUGUAAAUACAGACUCUUGUCAAUCAGCUCACUAAUCAUGCAAGUUUAUACCUGACUUACAGUCAUAAUGUCAUCAAAACGUCUGAGUUAUAAAAAAAUGAACAUUAGGCCCUGCACAGCUGUGAUGAAUUCUGAAUCAGAAUGGAAAAAUGUUCAUUUCUGCUGUCCAAGUCCCCAUUUCACACAUGAAACUCAAUUGAUAUUCCUCAGAUUAAAGUAGACACUCAAGGAAUAUCAGCUUGCCGCACCUCUGCAUUGGCUUUAUUUUUCAAUGCAGCAAUUACUCCAUCCUCUCAGAUAAAUCCAGCAAUUCUGUCAGUGGAGGCUUGUGGCUUUAAAGACGGUAAUAUAAAGGCUUCCCUGUUUAAAAAAAAAAAAAGAGGCUCUUACUUUACACAUAAAGGUCUAUCUCUGUAGGGAUCUUUGCUGUGAUGUUGUUAGACACUCAGAAUAACAAUCUGAGCCUGUCGGGGGGGGAAACAUCAACCUUAAGUGGAUGUAAUUUGAUUGGACGUAUUGCCAGCAGGGAUGAUGCUGAAGCCACUUUAGCCUAUCUGCUGGAGCAGGUUUAGAAAUGUUUAAACCUGCUUGUUUUCUUACACAUCUUAGCAAAAGCCCUCUGAGGUGUAUCUGGUCAAGGGCAGUAACAGUCUGAUUACACUGUGAAGGCUGAUCUCUAACAACGAGACAAUCCUGCUCUAAGUUUGACAAAAGCAAGCGUGGGGUGUACAGUGAAUUUGCUCAAAAAGCGAUGAGCGUUUUCCUCUGACCUCAGAAUUGCCCUCUCCAUCCAUCCUCUGCUGUGUUACAUAGAAUUAGAAAGCCAGGUCGAAACCCCCUCCGCCUAUAGCCAACUAGCGGGGUUAAUUGAGGUCAUUGGGGAGAGGGCGGUGUGUGAUUGACGUGGCCGGUGGGGGCUGGAGUGACGGCCUUUUACCGGGGCCUGUUGUUCGUUUUAAUUGUUGUCUGGGCUGUUUGUCGUCAGGGGCAGACACCCGGCGACAGGACGACAAGAGGGAUGGACGGAGGCAGGAAGAGAGACAGGGGAUGGAAAGAGAGAGGCGGGAGUGGACACCGGUGAUUUACAUUAAUAUGUACUGAAAUAAACAAGCGGAGAAGCCAUGCGUUAAAUCAAGUCAGAGAGAGAGACAGAGAGAGAUAGAGGAAGAAGCCUGCAGGGUGAGAGAGGAACAGAGAAGGCGGAUGUGUGUGAGUGUGCGUUCUUUUAUUGUUCUAUUACCGUGCAGUAGAUUUACACGCACAAAAGCGCGCACACACACACGCACACAUUUACACACAGCAUGUCAGAUUUGAGAGUCUAGUGUGUCUGCUUUCUCUCUCCAGUAUUUUAGUAUUCUAAUCCAUCAUUGGCCUGACAUGGGGAUGCUGUCUCUCUCCUCUCUCUCUGUCUAUAACUCUCUCUCUCUCUCCAUGCUGCUGCACAUACACGGCAUCCAAACGGAAGAUAAAGGCAGAGCAGGGGGAAAAACAAACUCCACAGCAGGGAGGGCUUUAUCCACAGAGAUAAAGCGGAGGAAUAAAGCAGCGACGGGAAGAUAUAGAGAAGGUUGAAGAGAUGGAAAAAGAGGGUAAAGGAGGGAGGAAGGGGAUGAAAAUGGAAGCGGGAAAGGAGAAGAGUAAAUGGAGAAAAAAAAAGACCGGGGUGAGGGGUUGGAGGGAAGGGUGAGUGAGGCAGAUGUGUGUGUGUUGCAGUGUGCGGCGGCUGAAGCCUGAGCCUCCCUGCUCCAUUUCACACUCUGUAGGUCCUGACGCAUCAACGUUAAAACACACACACACACACAUAGACACACACAGGCGCCGUCCUUCUUCUUCGAUUUCUAAUACACAAACACACACACUCAUGUGCUGCCAUUUCUCAGGCAUGUACACACACAGAUAAACAAAGGCGCGCUAACACAAAGUCACAGCACAUCUGAAAUCCCUGCUGCUCUGCCCUUGACUCUCUCUGCCUCUUUGCAUUUUUGAUCUCACACCAGGUUCAAGAAAUAUGAACCAAAAAGUCCCAUCUUUAACAUUUAAAUGCUUUUUUUUAGAAACACUAAGCAUGUACUUUUAUUCCUCUCCCUGCAGCCGUGAUUUUGCGCCAACUUUGAUAAAUCUGUCAGCGAACCACAGAGGCGAGUCGGGUCAAGAAGAGCUGAUACAACUAAAAAGUUAAUUACACGACAGAAUGUACUGAAGGGAGACUGCAGGCGCCCCUUAGGGUCCAAAUUACAAAAAAAGCCCAACAUAUUUCCUCUCCCAUCUGCAGUGAAUCCACUCAAAAGAGGUUUGUUUCCCCAUAUUUUGAGUUACUUUUUCAUCCACAGACACACACACACACACACACACACACACACACACACACACACACACACACACACACACACACACACACACACACACACACACACACAAAAUAAGGGUUUGAAACUGUUUGAUAGCGGCCUUAAAAUACUCUGUUUCCAUGGAUGACAUUCAGAUAACUUUGGAUGAAAUGUUUCAGAUUCUAUUUAAACCCACUGUGAGGAGUUUUCAUUUCGUUUCAAUUAUGGUAACCCCUUUCUCCAGGAUUAAGACUGCAUUUCCCAUGAGCACCAUCACCUCAAGUGUCAUGAAGAUAUGUUCUUCAUCAAAGCAUGUGAUACAAGCCUCAAAGCUCCUGAAUCACACCCGUCUCCAGCAAAUACACACAAUUUAACUCUUUCGUCCUUAAAGAGCAGUGAAGCGUUCACAUGUUGGCUCAAACAUUAAAUCCUGUAAAAGCCGUUUGGCUCUUUUACUGGGCAAAAUCCUGGCUGUAGUUUCUUCCUUAAAAUCGAUUUUGCUGAUCCUGCUCCAGUAUCAGGCGAUAGAAAAAUUAAGGAAUCGAGCACUGAAAAAGAAACUGAGAACACCAACACCACCAACUCCUGAAAAAUGACAACAGCACAGACAGUUUCAGCUGCAGAAUUGUCCUGAUUACUUCUCUGUAGAUUUUGGUGUGGUCCAGUCUGUGAUUCAGCCACUCACAGCACUGGAGAGCACAUUAAAUGGAUCCAUAAAAAAUAUGAUGGUUGAAAGUUUUGGAAUCAGUGUGCAAAUGUAUUCGAACCCCAUGAGAUCCUGUUAACAGUGUUGGAUUCAGUGUGCAAGACCUUCACACCUGACAGCCAAACUUGACCAGCUGAGCUCUUAACACGGACACGGACAGGUUUUUUUUACUGGACUCAAAAUUCACCUUAAAGAAAUUUCAUCACUGAUAAUCCCACUUCUCUUCGUAGGUCAUGGAGACUUAUCAGGAGUAACACUAAUUUGACACGAGCCAAAAACUCCACAUAGUGACUUUUAUUAGAUAAUGAGGUGAUGAUAAUCCAUGGGAAUAAACUCAAACUUGACCUUCUCCUGUUUUGUUAUCGAAUGUUGGUUAGCAAUCUUCGAUGAUUUUUUUCCCCCCAGCCAACAGAUUAUAACAGAAGCUGUCAUAAUAAGAUUGUUUUUAAUGUGUUCAAGUAUAAAAUGAAUGCUCUCUUUCAUAUUUAUUUUGCUAAAUCUCAGAGUCCCAAUACAGGAUAUUUAUUGUAUGUUUGUGUGAUAUUGAAUGUGCUCUACUUCAUGAUCUGAGUUUAGCAGCAACAGCUAAACAGCUAGCUUAGUUACGUUAGCUUGAAUCUGCAUCUCUUUGAGCUGAAAAAUGUUUUCUUUAAAUGCUGACAGCACAGAUAUUAGUGUGGUAUAUAACCUCAACAAAGAAAGCAAACAUGUUUUAAGUAAACCAGACUAAACGUAACAAUACCAUUCUUGUUUCCUGGCUCUGUGUGCCGAGCUUCAAGUUACGUUAGCUGGAAUCUGCAAUGUCUGUCACUUUUAAAAGAAACAGAUUUCUCUAAAAACAGAAAUGUGAUAUAGCUGCAGUUUGAUGGAGAUUUUUCACUGUUAAACAGUCACAUGAAAAAGGAUGAAAUGUUUUGAAGGAGUAAAAGUUGGUCUUUUAAGAUAGCUGUUUACCUCAGUUACCACUCUGUAUGUAGAGCUAUGCUAACCACUGAUGGACCUACUGUAUCUCUGUGUGCAGAUUAAACUUUUAAACAACA